CGCACGUUAACUUUAUGACGUUAUUGUCACCUCCGGUAUCCGUCAUCAUCGCGCUUUGUUAUAAUAUUUUAUAACUACGACGAAACCGAUAUUAUCAUUAUUAUUUUUUUAAUUUUAUUUAUAUGACAUUUUACUUGGCCAUUAUAUUUGUUCGUGACGAAAUAACAUUACGGGAUUAUUCGUUAUAUUAAUCUUCAUCGGCACACGUAUUUAUCACGUAUAUAAUCGUAUAUAAAAGGUAAGUGGAAUUUUUAUCAAUAUUUAGCAGUAUUUACAUACAGUUAAACGGAUUGGAUUUUUGAAUAUUUUUCGUUCGUAUCGGUCUGUUAAAAAUAAAAAAAAAUCAAUGAUAACAUCUCCUGGAGAUUGAUGGCUGCAGUGUACAUUAGUGUAUGAUAAGUCGAUUUGCAUCUAAAAGUCAGAAAAAACUGUAGGAAUUUUGAUUGACGGAUUUCAAUUUUGAAAACAAAUUAUGAUUAUUUGGUUUUUUUUUUACAUGGAUGUGUUGGAAAUAGAAAUUUAAUUAUUUUACUCGUAAAAAAAAUAAUUGAUUAUAUUUUUGAAAAAUGUUAAAAUAUUAACUUGAAGUAUCUCGUAUUUUACUUAUGAUAAAGAAAAUUAAAAUUUUAAAAAAUAAUUCCAACGUAUCCUAGUAACGAACCUGAAAAAUUCUAAUGCGUUUUCGAAAUUGUAAUCCGCCAAACGAAAUUUCUAUUAUACAAAAGCGGCCGUAUCCCUUCCUCUUAAAUGAUUUUUGACAGUAGAUUAAUGAAAAUCUUAUCAUUAAGGUGGUCAUUAAAAUGUAAACAGUAAUUUUUACAUUUACAAAAUCUGAAACAUAUGAGAAAACUGUCGAUUAAAAUUUGAUGCUCUUAAAUCUAUUUGCAGCUGAUUAAAUUUUAAACUUUAGUAUUAUAACUAGGUUUUACUCAUAUAUUAUAAUUCAUCUAUACUAUAUUCAGAAUUAUUAACGGUUAUAGUCGAAUUUUGAAUAUUUAAACGUAUAAAAUAAUUUAUUUUUGAUUAUUUUUUUUGAAUAUUAUUAAAACCUCGUAUAUUUAUUUACGUAUAAGUAACUAUUAGAAUAUCACUGUGUCUGUUAUAUAAAAUCAUUACCGAACAUCAGAAUUGUUUUUGAUGCAAAUAAAUGCAUUUUAGCAUGUUUAUACAAAAUCGGUCGGUCGGCCGUUCGAAAUAAUGUGAACAUUAAAGUGCAUAUAGAAUUAUAAUAUUGAUUUCGUAGACCAAAUUGUGUAAAGUAUAUUUGGACAAAUAAAAUAUUUUCAUAAAAAUAUAGGUAUUGUAAAUAGUUUUUUUAAAAAAAUCGCAAAAAAAUGAAUCUUCUAAAUCUCAAAAAACGAACAAAAAACAACCGAUAACAUACAACUAAGUAAACAACAAGCGGAUGAGAAAAUAAGCCAAUAACCUAACAUUUGAACGGUAAACAGAUGGUUAUCGCCUAUGCUUAGAUAUCGAUUUUUUAGUAAAUCUCAUAUUUAAAAUAUAUAUUUGAACGUUUUCUUUGUGCUUAUACAUUGUUUAUUCGUAUAAUUUGUAUACACUAUAAUUUCUGUAAGACCAAACUGAUAAAUUCGAAAAAUAAUCUUUCCGAAGUAAUAGCAGAUAUACGAUCAACACCACCGGUGCAGUUUGUAUGGGAGGUUUGUUUGGGCAUAUUUAUAGUCUUAAAAAAGUUUUUUGAGAGCUAUCAAACAGUUCAGUUUUGUUUAUAACAAAUAAUAAUAACCGGUAAUUUUAAGACCAAUUAUCUUAUAGAGAAGUGAUUAAUAUUUUAAAUUGUAAGCAGUUUAAUUUAUUUUUACUGUAUAAGAUGUAACUAAUAACAGUAAUAACUAUCCAGUUAAGUUUUGCUAACUUGAUAUUAUAUCAUUUUAACGGCUGCGCUUAUCACGUUUAAAAGUUCAGACGAUCCGAGUCUAUGGAUUCCUAUAUUUGACCGGUACCCGUGCACAAUAAAUUAUAACGUAUGUCAUAUAUUCUUGCAAUGAUAAAAUAUGAUUCGUACAAACCUAUUAUAUUAUUAUAUGUUGUUAAAACGAAAACAAAAUGACCGUGUAAUAAUAAUAUCGUCAAGAAAAAAAAAUAGUACGUAAAUAAUAUGACCUAAAGCGAAAAAGAAUAGAUAAUAUGCCAGCAGAUUUUAGUUAUGAAGUUCCUCCGAUGAUGAUAUUCCUGUCACAUAAACUUGCAAGGCGCGCACGACCUCGAGCGGUAUUUUUCGUUUUAUAUAUUGUGAUUGCCGGUUCAUUAACUGCCGGUUUGGUAAUCGUGAGUGCUACUGACACGUCUAUUGAACGCGUGAGACGGAAUUCAAAUCGCGAGCGCAAUGGCAUCAUUAAUAAGGGCAUUUAUAAUAAUAUCCAAGUAUACAAUAAUGAAAAUCUUUAAGUAUAUCAUAGUGGCAUAAACGGGAUUUCUCAAUGGAGUAAAUGGGAGAGGUAGAGGGAAAACAAACCCAAAAUUACAUGUUCGUUCGUUAAUAGUUUUAACGUUAAUAUUAUUUACUUAAUUUAUAAAAUUUAAAAAUAUACUGUUUCAAUACUUAAUCAAUGAAAAAAUAAACCAUGUAUAGGUUCGCCAUAAAGUAAUAUAAAUAUGUAAUAUGAUACAAAUAUUAAAAAAUACUGCUGAUGGAUGGGGGCAGUGGCGUGCGCAGAGUGGGAGGUUAAAGCAUAUAUUCCUCUCCAGAGACCGAAAAUUCAGAAACCGAGAUUCAGGACAAGAUAACGGGUAGGAGAGUAAGUGUUUUGAAAAUGCAUAUAAGAAACGCAUUUUUGACGAUAAUGAAUCUGGCUAAGAGCUAAGAGUAUAUUGGUGUGUGAACGGGGAGGAGGGUAAUUUCCCCUAUCACUCAAUCCCUAGAUCCAUCAUUAUUACCCCCCCCCUUCUGGUCUAAACAUACACCAAUUAUGAAUGUUUAUUUAAUAACAUUAAUAAAGUUACAAGGGAAAAUUGCUUAUUGAUUUAUUCAAUAAAAAUUGGCUUUUCUGGAUUUAGUAUUUAAAUUCUCAUUGUCGGGUUAAGUAUUUCAGACGAAGAUUCUUAGGUUUAUUUACGAAUCAUGAUUAUUAUAAUACUACAUUAAAUCCCCUCUCAUUGAAGCUUCUUGGAUACGUUACUUAAGUGUAGAUAUUAAAUAGCCUCGUAGCUACGGGGGGCAAAGGGGGACAUUGCUCCACUGGAUCUAAUCGUUGCCCGCCUCCCCACCAAUAAAUAUUAAAUGUGUAUAUGUUGUGUUAUGUUUAUGUAAUAUUGUUUUUUUUCUAAUGUCCCCCCUAAAAUUUAAUUUGUGCUACCUGAUGGUUCGGUCUGGCUAGGGGCUUGAUAUUAAGAUAGGCACACUUUGAGAACAAAAUAUUAUGCAGCACAGGAAUCGAUAAAAUACUAUAACAUAAUGUACGUAAUACUUGCAUUGUCCACGAUGUCUUAAAAGCCGUCCGUCAAACGAUUUCACAAUAUUUUAUUUGGGAUUCAAUAGGUUUUAGCUGCUGCAACUGCACCGCACCGAUAUUUGAAUUUUUUCGAAAUCAAAUAUUAUAAUAUAUUAUACAUUGUCAUGCAUAUAUUUCUCGGUAAAAAAAAUCAAUUGGAUAGUAGGUGGGUACCUAUAAUAUUAUUAUAACAAUACAAUAAUGUCGUAUUGUUUACGGAGUUAUACGGUUGUUAUUUCGAAAUUUCGUAUAAGAUUUAUAAUAUUAGGUAUAUAGCAUAUAAUAUAUGUACAGUGGUAGAAAUGUAAAAUAAUGGCAGGGACGACAAGAUAAGACAUAUUAUAAGAUGCAUUGUAUAAGACAUACCGAUAUUACUGUAUACGCAUAAACUUAGAGUGUACCUAUGCGUAAUAUUUUAUGUGCGCAAAUAAUAAUACAUUUCGGAAGGAUUCCACGAGUUUGAAGUAGCGAGAAUCUUUUAUUUUUUAUUUUGUGGUCAAGGUCGGUAUACCGACGAGAAUAUUAAACGGUUUUCGUGAUUUUGUUUAAAUUUCACUGUUUCAAUAAUCAAUUCCACCGUAAGAUUAUAUUAUAUUAUUAAAGACGACAAUCAAUAAUAAUUGAUAUUCUAUUCAAUAAUAAUAUACUUUCUAUGUCAUCAGAUAUAUAUUAUUAUAUUUAUAUUCAUUGUGACGCGUAUAGUCUGCACACACAAGUGGAUUAUUUUGACCGACAUCCGAAUAAUAUUCGUAAUAUAAUAUUUAUUUUAUUCCAAAAACAAAAAAACAAAAAUUAUAAUAUUAUGUACAGGGGCAUAUAUAUAUGGGAGGGAGCGGGAAUUUGGGGCUUUAAUACCCACUUUUGCCUUUUGUUUGUACUUAAUUUACUUAAUUCCUUAGUCUCAUUUUUUUCAUUGAUCCCAUCCUCACACCAUCUCCUAGCACAAUAGUUGUCUAUACGCCAAAGAUAACGUUGGACCGUAUAAGUGUAUGUAUUCAAGUGUUUGCCUAGUAUUUAUUUUUCGUUUAAUGAUAUUGUAGGUAUAGUAUUUUUUGCUUAUUCGUAAAUUAUAUUAUAAUAUAAAAUAAUUCGAUAUCUACACUUCCUGUAAAUAAAAAAUCAAUUAUUUAUAUUAGAUCAUAAAUCUAGUUAUAAUUGUGUAUGUAGCUAUCGUUUUUUUUUUUUUUUUUUUACGAAGGCUUCUGUUUUGGAUUCGUGUUUUAUUAGGUAUUCAAUUUAGUACAUCAUAUUAUAUUUUAUACGAAGGUCGACUUUGUUGGCAUUUUUAUUCGUAAAUUAUAAAAUCAGCAGUGAACUGUAAUUAUUACGCCCUUGUUCAAAUUUGAUUAAUUCUUCGUCAUCGUUAUACGAAAAUAAAUUCAUAAUAUUAUAUUUGUAAAACGUAGUUAAAGAUUUAAAAUACCGCAUUCAUUAACUUACGCGAUAAAAUAUAGUAUAUCAUAUUAUAUUAUUUUACUGAUAUAAGUUCAAAAAAAAAAUGUUCAAGUACAUACUAUAUAUACAUAUAUAAACCACUCGUGGUUUAUAUUUUAUAUUUGAUUUAAAAUAGUUUUUUUUUUUUAAUAUUGUUGAAUUAUUCCACGUUAUUAUAAUAGUAUUAUGUCAAAUAUAUUAUUACUAGUAUUCACCGUAUCAUAACGAGUUAAGAAAUAUUCGUGCGUUUCUCCGCACAAUAAUAUACCACCCACGGAUUUAAAAAUAAUAUAAUAUUCAUACAUAAUAUAUAAUUUAUACAUUUUUAUUAAAAAUUGCCGUUUGCUAUACACUCGUAAACGUAUUUUGUAUUCCAAUAUUUAGAUAAUUGUAGGCAUACUAUACAAGACUCGUGUGGAUAUCCCAUAUCCCUGCACAGGCCACAUGUUUGCCUUAUUACACCUAGGUGACUUAUGAUAUUAACGUAAAAAUGCCGGUAAGGAAUUUUGGUCGAAGAUGUAGACAAAUAUAGGCACAGUCUUUUUAAUUCGAAAACAACUUUUUAUAAAUGGCUUAAAUUUUAACUGAAUAACUAAGUCGAGUUAAAAUUAUUUACUAAAAGAAAUAAUUAAGUUGUUUUUUAACAUUUUAUUUAUUUAUUUUAACUAUAUAGUUAAGUUAAAAUUUAUCGAAAAAAACCUAAAUUUAAAACUUAACUUUUAAAUUUUAUCUAGUUGCUGUCUAGUAUUGUAUUUUUACCAUUAUAAUGUAUACCGGAAUCGUACCAUAUUAUUGAACUCAAUCUCGCCGUUUUACGCUGCGGCAGUAUAAAAUAUUUGAAAAUUCCAUUACUCGUAUUGGUCGAUAUGCCAACCGAAUCGCGUAAUAAUCAUAAAUCACCAUCAGUGUUGUAUAUAAUAUACGUAUACAUAGUAUAGCCAAUAACUGUACAAUAUUGUCCGCCGAAAGAAAAACGAACUUCCGAACAACAAUAAUACAUAUAGACGGGUCGUUAAAUAAUAUAAAACGCAAUCCUUUUUGAUAAUCUCGCAACACACCCGUUGUAUUAUAUUAUGUAUACAGCUAUAGGUAUACAUUAUUAUGUGUUCGAGUGUAUUCGACUUUAUAUUCGACUCAAAACCGCUUUGCCAGCUAAAUAAUCCUUAUAAAUUAUUUCUGAGCUUUGUGCAGGAUUACAGCGUAUAGAAUAAAACGAGUCAGCCACAUAAACGACGCGAUCGGGUUCAGUUUAUAUUAUUAUAAUAAGUGUAAAAUCCGCAAAACGUUCUCAUUGCACAGGGUGUGUCCCGGCAAACGACCAAACGUAUAUACCUACAUUGCCGGGUAAGGUCGAAUUGCACUUAUUUUAGUCGAAUUGCACUUGGGUUAGAAAAAAAAAAAAUAAUGGUCGAACUAAACUCGGAUUAAAAACCGGUAAUUAAUAGUCGUACUGCACUCGGGCCAAGUGUUUCAACAAAAAUGUUCGACAAAAUAAAUGUAAUUUAUAAGUUUUUUAUAAUAUGAAUUUUCCUCGAUGUUUUAACAUAAUUACAAAUAGAUAGUAGUACAAUAGUAUUUUAAUGUAGAAUACUGUAAACACAUACCUUAAACUACACGAUACCGAAAAAAAAAAAUUGAAAAAUAUAUUAUCUUAUAUGCUCAAAAAACAAUAACUAGAAUCAGUUUUUAAAUUCAAAUUCCUAUAUAAUUAUUUAAAAAAAUUAUUUAAAAAAAUUAUUUAAAAUAAUAAUAGUGAUAAUUUGAUAUAUUUAACAACGUUUUUUAAUUAUGUACAAGCGUAUCACGAAGAUCUGACACCUGAAAUAACUUUUGUUUGGUUCAAUAUUUUUUAAUUAUUUUUUUCUUGCAACAAUUACUAGAGCCUUGCGCCAAGAUGUCUCUAUUUUAUAUAUUUUUAAAACUAACAAUAAAAAAUUGUAGUCAUUUUAUAAAUAUAUUUUAAAACAAAAUGUUAGUGUAACAAAUAUUGAUUUACAAUAUAUCGUUGAGAAUAAUUUUUGUUAAAAUAUAUACAUAUAAAUGACUAUCUUGGAUAUUAUAAAAACUAUUUUUUAAACAUUUUAUCUUUUUAAUUUUUAGUUUAAAAAAAAUAUAUAAAAUAGAAGAACCACAACGCAAGGCUCUUAUAAUUAUUACUAGGAAAAAACUUUAAAAGAUAUUUAACAGAAUAAAAAUUAUUAUUCAAGUGUUAGAUUUUCAUGUUACACUCAAUUUCAAUCACAUCAAUGAUUAAAAUCAUCGUCAAUUCUUAGCUUGUAAGUUGAAAAGAGGCAUGACCUUUUUGAAUUUAAGUACAAUUCAACCAUUAUCUGUAUUUGACCCGAGUGUAGUUUCACAAUUUAAUUUAGUUAAGAAGUGCAAUUCUACUAUCCCGGCUUUGCCGUUUCGAAAUAUAUUUGUACAGCCCGAACCACGGUUUUUUUCUUCUUCCCUCAACUAUUUCAGAUCUUGGUCGCCAACUCGGGUAAAAGAAUCGGUCCUUAAUCUCCCCCAUGACACCGGGAUGUCUACAGCAUCGUCUAUAUAUGCAAACUCCGGCCAAAUUGGAAUCCUAAAAUAAUGAGGUAUCGUGGGAUUGAUACAGAGAAUAAACGGCAUUACGACGACGUGCGUUAACCGGACAUUAUAUAAACCGUAAUCCGUUUUUUGGUAAAACAUAAAUAACAUCCAACUUCUUUAAAAUCAUUCGCUUUGAAUAAUUAUAUGUUUGUUUGGUUAGGUUAUAUUUUGGUAUGCGCUUAAAACGACCAUCCUAACUGACAUACGUAUUUCAUAAUAUUUUCCCCAAGUAUUGACGUUGAUCUUGACCUUGAGAACGCGACCGUGUUGAUUAACCAAAGCGUCUUAACGGUUUCCGUAUAGUGAUCUUUAUGUGAUACGUACCUGCCUGUCUGUAUAACAACUAUCGGUGAGAGAUUUUUUUUGUAAGUAGUAAACAAGGCACGCGAUACGAUUUAUCGUCACAACGAACUGUAUACAUGUAUAUAAUAAUAUACACUAGUGAGAUCAAAGUAGUCGUAUAACGUCUAUUAAUCAAACCGAUUUGUUACGGGCUGAUGAAGGUGGAGGGGGGUGGAGAAGGGGAGUUGUUGGAGACGAAAUCAAUGAACCGUUUUUCAGGUGCCCAUAAAUAAUUCGGUUUGGUUUUGUCGAGUUCCGAACCGUGAGUUUUCGUGUAGAUCCCAUCUAGACAUACUCGUGUAUAUUUGAAACAAUCAUAUUAUUUAAACAAUUCCUUGGUGGAAUUGCACGAUGAUUUUCUACACAUAGAAAUAUCAUGAAAUAUAGGUACGUAUCCACAUACAAAAACAAUGCCUAAUUUACCGAUUAAAUAUACAAGUUAAAAAAAAUACCACACAGAGAUAUACUUUAUAUAAUUACAUCAUCAUCUUGCUCGAAAAUUGAUUAUUUUUCCUGCCGCGGGUUGGGUUUAGCUAAUAUUGAAAGCUUAUCGGGUAUACCAACCAAUAAAAUUCGAAAUAUUCAUAUUAUACUAAUAGAAUAAGAUCUUCAGACAUUAAUAUUUAUUAUUAUCAUUAUUAUUGGUAUUAUUAUUAUUAUUAUCAUUAUUAUUAUCACUAUUGCCUUCAUAUGAUUUAAAUUCUAUUUUAAUGCAUAUUUUAAAACAAGUAAAAGAAUUCACAAAUUUUUAUUUUUUAAUCAAAAAUGCUUUCUUAAUGAAAUAUCAAACUGUAUUAUGUGAAAGGCAAUAUUUAAUGAAUAGAGACUUUGAGGGUAUACAAUAUAUAUAUAUAAUAUUUUGUCAAAACUCGAAACAAAAUUAUCUUGUAUAUUAUUUAGAACAUAUAUAGUGGGUACCCACAUAACAUAUAUAACAUAAUUAUAUAUAACAUCAAUAUCGAGUUCAAAGGGCUUAAUUGAAAUCUUAAAUUAAUUUCUGUUUAUAAUGAUUUUAGUUUCAAUUAAAAUGUUUGGAUUUAAACAUAAAUUCAAUUUAAUUUUUGAAAUCGAAUGGAAACUUUUGUUUCUUAUAAAUAAUAGGUACGUUAUUUUAAAAAUAAAAGCUUAUGCUGAGAAUGGGUGCACCGCUAUUGUUAAUUUGAAGUUGAGAAGCUAAGAUACAUAAAGUUAUUUAAUUUAUAUCUGUACGCAACGAUAAAUCAUUGCUAACGAAAAAUGUUUGGUUUUAUUAUUAUAUAUGGCUUUGAAAUGCCAUAAUUUUGUACGAUUUUUGUAAAAAAAUUUAAUCUUAAUACGUUUGUAAAAAAAACUACUACAUUACACUCCUUUUUUUUUACUAUUUAUAGUACAACUGAUUUACAACAUUUACAAAUGUUUCUGUGCUGUCAAAACAAUUUUAUCUAUAUAAAUCUAAAUAAAAACUAAAUAAACUAAAAAAAAUGCCAAAUGCUUAUAAACAAUUUCGGCAUGUGUAUAUUAUUAUGUUUAUAGAGUUAUAGAUAACCAUGCUAACUAUCAUUAGACACCUUAGGACAAUCAUCGUGUUUAGUGUUCUAACUCAGUGUUUUCCAAUUUGUUUAAUUCUAUGCCCCUAUUGUAGAUUUUCAAAAGUCUUAUGUCUCCCCCUAUUAAUUAAAAAUAUGAGAUAAAUUGUUUUAAAUUUAAGAUAUGGUAAAUUUGCAGGUUUUAAUCUUACCAUAUUUUAUCACCGCUAUUACUCCCCCCUAGGGAAGAAUUCCCCACCCCUCGUUGAGAAACACUACCAAACAUAUAAAAUACUAAUAAUUUAUUAUAUUAAUACGUAGGUAGGUGAAUUCAAUAAAAUGCACUAUACUAAAUUAUUAUUGAAACUUUUCCAAGAAAAUUAUAGAAAUUUGAAUUGUCAUUGUUUUAUUGUUUUAUAUUCGAGUACUAUUUCUAGCUAUUAAGAGAAAAAAAAAGAUUCAAGUUUUGAUAAAGUUCAUAAUGCGCAUUUGUUCAAUAGACAUUCUACAUUUUAAAAGAAAGUUUACCUAUUAGUAUCUCAGAAAAAAAUUGAAAAUAAAUUAACUAGUUAAUAACUAAUAUCUUAUAGUAUUAGAUAUCGUCUAUAUAAGUUUUUAUAGUAAUUUCAUGAAAUAUUGAACUAAGUGCUUAAGGAGUUUUUUUUCUUUCUUGAAAAAUUGUAAAAUUUAAAUACGUGCCCUUUUUGCAUUUAGCGAUUUAAUUAUAGUCUCGUAUACGAUUUUACUUUUAAAAUUAUUUUAUUUUAUUAUUUUAAAUGUAUGUUUACUGAAUAUUUUUAAUUCUACAAAAUAUGUUUAACUAGAAAUGAUCUUUAAUAGCGGAUCGACAUCGCAAAUUCACGUGGGUUUCGUCUUCAACAAUAUAAACAGUUGCAUGUUUAAGAACAUUGAAAAAAUUGAGUUAUGGUACUGAUAAAAUAUUUAUAUUAUUUCGUAACGGUCAAUUUUCAUUCGAUUGUAUGUGUAGCUGAUUUACAUUCAACUGUUUGUAAUUACUCUGUUUGUACGACUGUUUGUCUAUUCUAAUUCAGUUUACUAUAAUAUUGUUUUGUUUUCCAUACGGUUCUAGAUAAUAAUAAUUUGAACGGAAUAUCGUGCAUAAUAUUAUGAUUGAAUCUAACAACUUUCGCUGUGUAGCCAAUGACCGAAGAAAACUAUUCUCGUCUCGUAAAAAAUGUAUAACCUAUGGUCGUAGCACUUACACGAGUUAUGUGAAUAUGAACCGUACACUUACAAAAUCGUUUUCUUUGUGUCUGCGGUCCGCCGUACCUAAAUAAUAUAUAAUAUGACUAUGUCAGAGGAAUCUUUAUAACAUCUCUAUUAUAUCUACGGACCGUAUUUAAUAGAAAUAUCGACCUCGCGUAGUCUCGGGACCUGAUGGACGUAUUUUUAAAACGGUUGUCUGAUUAUGAAAAAAAAAAAAAAUACAACAUUUACUAAAACCAUUAUACUAUUAUUAUCUAUGUUAGUUCUAGACGCUCGCGUACACGCGGAAUAUUAUUUUAACGGCUUAUGUGUUGUGUUGACAUUCAUACGAAACGAGUUUAAUGUCGUACAGCCGUGGAAAUAAUGGAAAAAAAAAAAAAAAAACCGCGCGGAAAAAUAUUUGCGAAACGUCAAUAGUAAUAGUGCCAGGGCCUAGGCGCAGGUAACAUUAUCGCGGGCGGGCAGCGACCGGCGGGACCCGCGGCGCGAGUGGGGCAAACGACCGUAUAAACAAUUCGGAUUACGAGACGCCGGGCACUCAUGCGGUGCGAAUCCGGCGAUUUGGAUUAACAUUAUUUUAUUCGUCCUCGGCGAACGUCCGGCCCGAUGAAUCACGCGCGUUCCAUACGCCGUGUCCGCGUCCACGGCAAACAUUACAAUUGCGUUGUGUACGCGCACGCACAUUCGCUUUGAGCGCGCCGCAAAACCGUAAAACGUUUUUACUGGCGGAGAUUAAUCUCGCGGGAUAGGUCGGAGUCACUCUUGUCUCGCGACCGUUUUCCCGCCGCGCGCCGCGACCGCGAAUCGGCCGACUUGACUGACGUUCGUCUGCGCCGUAUUGAGCAUAGCGUUAUGCCCGCGCGCUUGCGUUGCUCGUAUUGAAAAUGGUUACUGACCUCUCCGGCGGGAUUUCAAAGCGACAUUGCGACGGUAAUAUAUUGUAGACAUAAUAAUAAUAUGCGACGAGUACAAUAAAUAAACACGCGUACGUUAUUAUGUGCAAAUAAACUCGCGCUCCGAUUAUUAUACAUUUAUAAAUAUAUAUAUAUAUAUAUAUAUUGUGCGCGAGCGUACGUUUAUGCACGGACAAAGAGUUAUGGGAAAAAAUAAAAAAAUAAAAAAAUAAAAAUAAACGAAUAUUGCGAGAGAUGUGCAAACACAACGCGUAGGCGCACUGUAUCAUAAUAGAUAUAUGGCGGCGACCGCGUGUUGUCGUGUUUACUGACUUUUCGAAAAAUCCACUCGGGUCACCCUAAUUGAAAACAUACCGGUCUCGGCGAAACACUGAGAAAAAAUAAUAAAAAUAUGCGUAAAACACAAACGCGCGUCACCUAUCUACCGGUCGGUUAAGAACUUCUCUGCGUAUAGUGUACGGAUUAACGAAUUAACGGAAAAAAAAAAAAAAAAAAAAAACCGAAACAAAAAUAUUUGUACGCGUAUUGUUUUGUUUGAAUUCAAAAUACGCUUUUUUUUUUUUUUUUUACAAAUAUCGUUAUUUUAUUAUUCGUCGCGAGAGUGAACGCUCCGCGGAAACACCGAUGCAUAAUAGAUACCCGAAUAUUAUUGGUAUUGUAAUUUUAUCGCGGACCAGAUUUGCGAUUGGCGUGUAAAAAUAUUCGCGCGACGUUUUAGCAUAUCGCCAAGAUGAUAUUACGAGUGGUGAUGAUGCCGCGCAGAGCUGUGGCAAAACGUGAUGCGUCCAUAGGUACCUGCACAGUAUCGCUGUAGUAAACAAAAACGUCGAAUAUAAAAAAAAAACACAGUACACACGUCCGUAACAAUAAUACUAUAUAGUAGUAGUAUGGGAGUGUACAAGUACGCGAAUCGGUUUGUUUAGAUCCCGAGUGUAGCGAACCCUAUUAGCAGUUUUACUAAGACGUGUCUUUUUGUCUCUUUUUAUUUUUUCCUUCUUAUUGUAUUUUCAUCUAGCGAUGCUCGGUCUUUUUUCCAGAUACGUUCAGAAUCGUAAUGAUUAGUCGUCGCUAUCGAUAGGUACGUCAUUGGUUAUUUCAAAUUAAAUUACCUUAUAUUAUAUUAUAUUCUAUAUCCGCGGCUCCCGACGUUUCCUGUUUACACACAGCAGUGGCGAAAUGUGUCUAUAUGUUUACAUUUUAAUGUUCAAUUUAUACGUUUCGUUUCAAUGUUCUGAACGAUGUUUCUAUGAAAAUGUCAUAACAUUUUCCGUAUUCGUCAAAACCGUCGAGAAAAACUGCUGUAGGUGCCAACAUACUAUAUUAUAAACAAACGUUUCUUUCGAUGUCACUGUAUAAUAUAUUAUUUGGAUAUAUUUUAUACAUUUUUUUUUUUUUUUUUUUUUUUUAUCACCAAUUCAACGAAAUUCGAAGAAUACAAUUUUACGAUUAUUAUAAAUCGAUAAUAUUGCGCAUUAUGUUUAAUUUACAAAUCAAAUAUUUCAUUAGUCGCGUUAUAAAAAAUCCGGUCGGGUGACACGUGUCUGAAAUACACUCGGAAUCGCAGUUAGCAACAUGCCAUUAAAACCGAAAACAUGUUCGAUUAUAUUUAGUAGUUGUAUUUAGGUACUUAUUGCAGUAUUGUAAUACAUAAUAAGCGAUACGUUUUAUUCGUUCUUAUUAGGGACCGGAUUUAUACGCACAUAAAAUACACAAAAAUACGCAUGAAAAAGCCAAAAAAGCCCUAAAAAACACUUUAAUAAAAAUUUAAAAAAAUACUAUUAGCUAAAGUGGUAGAGAUGUUUCAGUCACUCAUUCUAACAGCUCUAACUUAUAAAAUGCAAUUUUCCAACACUAGUACACUGCAAAAAUGGUUACAUAACACAAAGUUAUUUUUCUUUAUGUUACGUAUACAAUUAUACGUAUAUUUUUUAAAUACUUUGUUUUUCAAUCAUUUUUGCAGUUAGAAAAUUGUAUUUGUUAAGUUAGAGUCGUUAAGAAGGAUAUUUUGCGACGGAGGGCUAUGAAAAAAAAAAGUAGAAAAUAAAACAACCGAACCGUAUUUUAUUCGAAAAUAUUACAACCGACCGUAUAAUUUAGCAGUAACUAUUAGUUAUCAAAUUGUGAGUUUCUUACCAUUGUUUUGGAAGACUGUUAAUGUAUUUUAAUUUUUAAUCAGAAAAUGUUGAAUCAUAAAACUUUGAACGUCAAUAAAUUUAUUAUCCUAAAACAUUUUCUACGCAGUAAUUGCGAACAAUAAUAAAAUACCACUUUAAUAUAUAUUGUUAUUGGCUGACAUUGAAUAAAAUAAAUCGAAAAUAUACAAAUUACUAAAAUUAGAAUAUUAAACUGACAGCCACCGAGACAUUUUAUUAUCAGAUAUUAUUUUUUCGGUUGAAAUACGGUUCGGCCGAUUUAUUUUCGGCUUUUUACGCGCGACCUUUUCAAUCCCUUCUACCAGUUUUGCUUUUUUCAAGCGAUCAAUUACGUAUUUUAACAAUAUAUGGUUGCAUAACAGACUUGUUCGUCUCGUUUUGAACGGGUCAGAAAUAUCAUUCGACCAAUGAGUGCCAAUACGUCGUAACACGCACUCGCGGUACUUUUGAAUCCAAUCCGGCUCGAAACGUUUUUCUCGGAUAAUAAGUAAUAAUUAUUUAUGUCCCUCCUCGGUAGCUUUCCCGUAUUGUGUUUUACGACUGCAAUCCUUUGUUUAGUCGCCUAUUGCUGAAAUGUCGAUUAAAAACUUGUUCUCUUAUUUGUUUGUCCAUAUUACACACACACACACACACACACACACACACAAACGCGUUAGAAAAUACCCCAUACGCCGCGCUAAAUAAGCGAAUACAAAUAAGUACUCGAAUUUAAUAAUGUAUUUUAUACAUUUUAAUUUCCAAUUCAAACUGCAGUGUACAUAUUUGCUUAAAACUUUAAAUGCACCGUUCGGUAUAAUGUAUUAAUACAUUAUGUACCUAUGUAUUUAUACGGUUUUAAAACUUUAUUUUGCCGUUAAAAAUAUUUGUUUACGCGCAGACAAUAAGCACUCUUGACGUUGUUCAAUUAUCAACGUAAAACGAUCAUAAUAUUCCCUAUAAUAUAACAUUAUAACUAAAUUUGAACGUUUUUUUAUGUAUUUCGAAUAAAAAUGCAGCGCCUUUUUAUAUAUAUAUAUAUACAUAUUAUAUUGUACUGAUUGUAAAAUAUUUUAACGUAAACAUAAUACCCUGUAUGCAUAUAUAGGUAUCUACAUACAUACCCACGCAAUGCUGACAAGUAUUGUGCGCGUGCAUUGUUGUAUAUUUUCACGUCUUCUAAAAAUUUAUUAUAAAAUGUCACCGAAAUAACUUUGUCAUAACAAUAAUAAAAAUAAUAUGUUUGCCGAUAAUACUUGAUAGGUAGUAAAUUAAUAUUCUGCCGCUGUUACACAUUAUCUGUACAAUAGGACAUAAUAUUCAGUAAUUACCUACAGUAUAGGUGUAUAUAGUGUAUAUAUCAACCUACUUCAACAGUCUCUCACAAUAAGUCUCUAGUUGUUCGUUUAUUUUUGCCAUAAUUAUUGGUUCGAGUAAAAAAAAAAAAAACUCAUAAAAAUGUGUAACUGAUUUUUACAAAAAAAUAACCGCCUCUUAGGUACUCUUAAUUAUGUCAAUCGCCGGCACAACCAAACGAGGGGGGUGUUUUGGGUACCUAUUCAACCCUCCUCCAUCAAUGUUUCAGCAAUAUAAUUUUAUCAAUACGUGUAAAAGACUGUUUUUUUCAAUACGUAGACAUAUUAUUGUGACACCCUUAAAAAAAAUCAAUAAAUAACCAAUAAAUUGUUAUAAAUCAUUUUAUGUAUCAUCUUAUUCCUAUUUUUAAUCCUAUUAUCAUUAGUAUAUUAUUAUUCCGUAAUUUUUAUUAUUUCUCCUCUGUAGAGAAUCUCGUCUAUCAAAACGAUGAUUUUCAUCCUUACUAAUAAACGAUGCAGUGAAUUAAAUAUGUGUACAUUUAUAAACUUGAAAAUACUUAUCAAUAUAGUUAAAUAAAUAUGUAUCAUUAUUUUUAACAGUGGGAAUCCGAUAUGGUUUUUUAUACAUUUUCUAUACCAAUUUAAAACCGAUACUCUAUCUGAUAUUUGAAAUCGAUAAUCAUGAGUUUAUAUUGAAAAUAAUCGAUAAAUCUGUUGAAAAUUCAAUUUUUUUAUUUUUAAAAUAAUUUUAUCUUAUUCCAGAAAUGUUAUAGACAUUUUUUUUUUUAAUUAUCUGGUAAAAUAUCGGUUUUGAAAAAUCACAAUAUCCAAUAUUCCGAUAUUUUUAAUAUCGGCUCAUGUUAAUUCUUAUCACUAAUUAUUAAUUAUAUUUACUAUCGAGGAAUUUUAAUGAUUAUUAUUAGUGUAUUGGUUAGAUCCUGAUAUUCUACUUAAUAUGUAAAUUACACAUUUACACGCUUACUAAAUAAUAAAUAAUAAAACUACAGUUAUCAGUUAAAAGUCGAGUAUUUCGACAUUUUCUUUAAUUAUUUUUUAUGACAUGUAUGUGUAUAAUAUUAUAAAUAUUGUGUUUCUCUGUUUCAUGAAACUAGCUAAAAUAGUUUUUUCUAUUAACUUUUUACCUCACUAAUUUUUCAAUACGAACAAAAAAGCAAUUGAAGAUAUUAAGCAAACAUUAGAAGAGCUGAAUUCUUACCAAAAUAAAUUACUGUCUUCUAUUGUUACCAAAUAUCCAACUACCAAUGCUGAGCUAAAUAAAUUAAACAAGAAAUUUGAUGAUAUGCACAAAACAAUAGUUACCUUAACAGAAGACAAUAGGCUACUUAAAGAAAAAGUUAGAACCCUUGAAAAUAAAGUUGAGCUUAUUGGAAAUAUUAAAUAAUCUCCGCAGAGGUCUGUCGAACAGGAUUUAAUCUCAGAAAAACUGACAAUCAAAUUCAUGUGAACAACUUUAUUAUUUUUAAUUUACAAAAAGGAAAUAGAGACUCUAAUCCAGAACUUGAUUCUGAUUAUAAUAAAAUUUCAGAAAUAUUGGCAGAGAUGGAUACUAACAUCUUUAUAAUUACGCGCCCUCGUCUUGGUAAUCUUAAUGUGAAGAAUGCGGGUAAGCCGCGUUCUUUGAAAGUUGUUUUAUUAAAUACUUUGGAGAUCUAUUCCACACUACGGUUAUAGUCAAAAUUACGCACUUUGUCUAUAUAGGCCAAUAUUCGCAUCUCCGAUCGUACGGUUACGCAACGAGAACAAAUGAAUCAACUUCGUGAAGACCAAAAUCUUAUUAAAAAAUAUGUAAAAGGUACACCAAAAAUUGUUAAAAAUUCAAAAAACUAAUUAGUCAAACUAAAAUGAAUCUAUACUUAUCUGGUAUCAAAAUGUCCGUAGUUUAAACUAAAAAAAAAUAAUUUAAGAAUUUAAAUUUAAAAUUCUUCAUAUGAUAUAUUUGUUUUUACUAAAACGUGGUCCAAACAAUAUUAAAUAAUAUUAUUAAAAUUUCUAUUCGCACAUUGAUCGUGCAAUACAUAUGUGUGUCUCUAAAAUUAUUAGAUGUAAACCAAACCACCCGUUGCAUUAAUGAGUUAAAAUUUUUAAUCAAAUAAAAAACAAUAUAAAAUAAAAGAUUUCAAUUACUUAUUUUAAAAUAUAUUGAUUGUCCUGAACUAAUUGAGCGUUUAAAUUUCAAAAUAAAUUAAUUUAAUUCUAGAAAUAAAUCUUCCUUUUAUUAGAUUCCGAGCAUAGCGAUGGGCUAUUGGUUUUACAAAAAUAUUUAUGUUUUUCUUUCUGUAAUCUUGUGUGAAGAUACGUUUUUUCCUAGUGAAUUUGCUCCAAUUUUUACGUGUAGCACCUUUUCUGAAAGCUCAAGUUGUCUAAAUUGUACUUUAAAUUUUUUAAUUUUCGAUGCAUUUUUUAAAUAAAAGUAUUUAAGUGGGGAAAACGUAGGAAAACAAACAAUUUCACGAUUUAAUUAUUUUAAAAAAUACGGAUGACCUUUUCUACCAGAAAAAAUAAUUUGAUCGAAAAAUCAUAAAAUACCUUUUUUUGUUGUUUUUUUGAUUUACUUUCUUACAGUAUCAUUGUCAAACAUUUUGAGCCACUUUUAAACUUUUAAAGAAUUUUAAUUUUUGGGAGUUUUUUUACUAUAAUUCGGUUAUAAGUAAACGUAGAGACUUGAAACUUGGUAAUAAUACUUAUAUUGGACUUACUUAGAUGUAGUCAAAUUUCCAAAAUCAUCAGACGACUUUUUUUUUUAAUUAGCGUUUUGAAAUUAAAUUUAAAUGAAAAUCGCGGUACUUCAAAUUAUGUUUCACUGAACUGCGCUCGGAAUCGUUUUUCGUCAAGCAAUGAUUUAUCGUUGUUUACAGAUGUAAACGAAAUAAUCUUUGUAUACUUCCUUCCGAACUUCUCAUCUACAACAGUGGUUACUCCCAUCCCCAGUAUCAGCUCUUUUUUUUAAAAUUAGUUCUAGUUCAUACAAUUUGCACUCUCCUAUGAAUAAACUGAUGUCAGUUAGUAAUUCUAUUUGUAAUAUUAAUUUAUUUAAAUACUUCACUUAGUGAGUUAAACAGCUUAUCAUGCUUAUUUAAAUUUUAAAUUUUAAUGUAUUUCUUUGAUAUGUAACUAUAUAUAAGUAGUAAACAUUUUUUCCCUUUUUCUUUUUUUUUUUUCAUUUUAUUAUAUAAAAAUAUGUAUCUAAUAACGAUUUUUUAUGUUUAUUUAUAUUCUUAUAAUAUUGUUAUCUAUGUUACUAUUUACAUUUUGCAUUAACUGUUACAUUAUAUAUUGGAAUAAUUUCAGUAAAAUAAAAAGAUUAAGAUUAAGAAGAGUAAAAUAAUUUAUUGCAAUUAUAAAACUAUCCGUUUCAAAUUUCUUACAUGACCAUAAUUUUGUUAUAUGACACAAACCGUAAUCGAACAAAGAAAAACAAACAAUCACAAUGAAACACAAUACCUAAAUAUUGAGCGGUGGCAAUUAUUAUAAUAAUAGGUACCUACCUACUUUGAAAAAUGAUCGCUAGUCGAUAAUUGACCGCAACCGGUUUUUUUUUUAUUCUGGCCUGGAAACUUUUUACAUUGUUGCAUUAAAAUAACUUGAGUCAACAGACGACAAUAAAAUGUAUACUUUUUUUUAAAUUUAAAAAUGUAAUAUGAUCGGCUAUCACAUAUAAUUUGAACAGUAGGUAUUUGUUAUAAGUCGGUUUAAUAAUAACACUUCUUAUAAGUUAACUAACUUAAAAAAUAUUUAGAGUGGAGCUCAUAAUUUAAAUUUAAGUGUUUGCUAAUGUUUUUUAUCACUAUUCAUUUUCUAUAGGGAAUUGAACUGGGAAAUUCGAAAAAAAUAUCUUUCCAAGGUAUACUUUUGGACACCGAAAUGCUUAAUAUUAAAUAUAGCUUAUUAUAGAUUUCUUGUUGACACGUUCAUUUUAUUUAGAGGUUCAAAUAGACAAACAGAAUAUUUAGUUAACUAUUUAAAUAUUUAUUUAAAUAUUUUAUAAAUAAAAACAUUCAAUUUACACUCGAAGUACAAAUGAAUAAUAAAUUAAAUUUCUUAGAUCUUACAGUUUCCAUAAUAAACAAUACAUUUGAUUUUAAUAUUUACAGGAAACCUACACUAACUGAUUUUAUAAUACCAUAUGAUUCUUAUCACCCUUAUUAUCAAAAAAUAUUAUUUUUUAAAUUCAAUAUUCUAUAGGCUUGAAUGUAUUCCAUUAUAUAAACAUAAUUAUCAAAACGAGCUCAAUAUUAUCUGUAAUAUAGUCCAUAAAAAUAAUUUCAAUUUAAAUACUAUUAAAAAAACUCAUAAAUCUAUUAAAGAAAAAAUAAUACACAACUUACCGAAUAAUGUUGUUAACUAUUGUAGUAUGAAAUAUCAAAAUAAUGUGUCUAACUAAUUUUGAACAAUAAUAAAAAUAAUGUAAAAAUCAUUUUUAAGACUAAUAAUAAUUUAAUCAAACAUAUAAACAAUAAACAAUAGAACUAAAAUCUUCACAAAAAAUCCCCAUUUUUUUUGAAAAUGCUGGUAUAAAUAAACUUAAAUGUAACUGUUAUAAAUUGUAUAUAGGUAAGACAAAUAUACAUUUUAAAAUAAGAUAUAAAGAACAUAUUUCUGAAAUAAAAUUAAAAAAGACUGCCCCUAAUUCAAAUUUCGUUAGUUUUUUCUAUUAAAAUAAAUUAUUGCUAUAUUCUAUGUAAAACGACCAAUUUGUACAAUUAUUUUUGUUCUAUGUAUUCCUCCACUUAAUUUUUUAUAUUCAGUCACGUUAUACAUUUUGACUGUGAUUUACCUGAUGAUGAAUUUUUAAUACAAAAUCGGUCGUAUAAUAUUAUCACUUAUCACAAUAUUCCAGGCGACGUAUUUAUUUAUUUAUUUAUUUAUAUAUCUAUUUACUUUGUUUAUUUACGAGUAUUAACCAUUUUAAUAAUUUUGUUUUGACUUUAUUAUUUUAUUAUUGAAUAAUUUAUCGAAUACCUAGUAGUUGUAUUAAAAUGAUUUUCUUUGUGGAAAAAACUCAUCUUCGUAUAACUAAUAGCUAUAUUAUGCUAUUAAUAGCUCCCUAAUGUUGCUCGAAAUCGAAAAAAAGAGAAAAUUGUUACUUACAAAUUAUUCAAUUUUGUAUGCAACCUAAUUUACUUAAUUAAUUAUGGCAAAUUAACGAGAUACUAUAAAAUAUCUCAGUCGAAUGAUGAAAAUUGUUCAAUAUUUAUUGACGAAAACUUAAAUCUUCCAGGAAACUAGAUUAUAAGAUGAUUGAAAAUUUGAGAUAUUUACAAGUAUAUUAUUAUAGUUACAAAAUUGCAAUACUACGUCAUUUUUAGAAACGUAAACAAUAUUGAAUGAAUUUAUUCUUUGACGUGAAUUAAAUAUUUCAUAACGAUAUUAAUUUAUCCGUUAGAUGUUCUCGUAGAUAAUACAAUUAUAAAAGUUACGUACCAGUGUAUCUUUAGAUAUUUCAAAUACAAUAUUUUUCAUAAAAUAUUGAUUAUAAUAAUAUAAUUAUACUACAGAAGUUCGAUAACAUAAAACUUCAGAUAACUAAGUUAAAAACGAUUAAUCAAGAAAUUCGUUCAAUUAAAUUACUCAUAAUAUAAUUAUUUAAAUUCCAAAUUCCAAUAAGUUAUGGUUCUAAUAUUUAGUCGCAAUGGAUUUCCUAAGAAUCCACUCGAAAUUUUUUUGAAAUUGGCAAAUUUCCCAUUAUUUGCAACACAACCACAACCUAAUCAUAGUCUAAAUCAAUAAUCAUAAAUUAAAUGUCGUUAACCUACUUUGGUGUAAAGUAUAAACCAUUACGGUAUGCUUACUCAUAAAAACAAUGAUUCAUCGAGCAACGAAUGUCGAUUUAAUUUAAAAAAGUUUAUUUUUUUGUUAAACAGUAAACGAGGAAUAAUGAAUUUGAUUUUGUAAAGUUUAUUAUUUGGAUUGUUUUGCAAAACUGAUUUAUAAAAAAUAUCUACGUAUAAUUUAUUUUAUGCAUACAAAAAAAUUUUCAUACAUAAUAUAGAUACCUUCAUAAUAUUUGUUUUCAUUGAUAAUAAUAAUAUGUUAUUGAAUUAAAACGAUAUUAUAAUAUUGUUUUUUUAUAAACAAACUUUCGAUGUAUGAAAGUUUGAAGUUAUUAUUUUUUGUCAUUUGAAUUGCAAAAUUUAGGUACACGAGUCCUGAACUAAUCAAAUAAUUUCCGUAUUUGAUAUUCUAAUAGUGGUAGUCUAUUAUAAUAUUAUUGAGUAGUUUUAUAUUAUAUCAAACUAGUUCGUCAUAUUAUUACCUUUUUUUUUCUCCAUAAAAUCUCAUAACUAAAACAAAUUUCGGUCACCAAAAUAUCAAUACUUUCAACAAACUAUUCUUAAUCUUCACAUUAUUGUAUUCAGUUGAUAAAGCUAAUGGUUUUAAUUCAAUUUAAAUUUUCGUUCAUGACACCAGUUUUAUUUAAGAGGACCGGUAAGCGUCAUAUCUGAAGCUAGAUGAGUUAGUCGUAGUUUGAAUAGAGUUUCGCAUGCAAGCAUUUGUAAAAAAGUGCUGGACUUUUUGGCGGUUUCGUUAAUUGGACAGACUUUGUGAUCAGAUCGUAGAGUUUUGUUAUAGUAACGAUUGAAAAACCAGGGUGCUUCCCACAGAAAUGUGCAACGAAACCGAAUAUUCUGGAAGGCUUGAAUCAGUGGUGCCCAAGUCCUAGAAACUUGUAGUCGGUUUAAACUUGAAAUACGUUUCAAAAGACUUCAAUAACUAAACACAGUCGAUUUUUAUGUCCAAAACUACGAUCGGCGGCGUAAGUUUUUAUUUCUGCAACGAGCCAUUUAUUCGGUUCGGCAAACCGGAAUUUGGCCCGCAAUAGAGCCCCGUGAUUACAUUUGAAAUGAAGUCGGACCAAGGCUCUGACGCGGUGUUCGGCGCCACUGGCUUGAUGUAUAGCUGUCUCGAAUUAGCGUACGUGCUGCGGUUAGUGUGAUAUGUACCCGAAGAAUGCACUGACGACGGGCCGAUAAAGAAUGAGUCCGUUGAGACAGCGGCGAGUUAGAACGCAGGGUCGGCCUUGACCUUGCCAAGUGAAAAAUCCGCCGAGAUGUCACCGCGGCGAGACAGAAAUCGGUGCACGCAUUUCACGGUCGGGGUCAACGAGGCGCGCAGCGCAGGCGGUAAAUCACGGAUUUACGGUCUUCGGCGACGACGGCGGGAUUAUUCGCUAUAAUUCUAAUAUCGUGUUACACCGGGAACUAAACGAGACCAUUAUUUCAUAUUUGCGUUGUACUAUUGUUAUCUACGUUGUGUUUGCGUGGCCGAUGAUUGCGCGCGGACCCGACGCCGCCGCCGUCAGUGAUGUCGAAGGUCGUCGUCGUUCGUCUGUAUAGCUAUAACCCGGUACAAUGUCGGCCGUGUACCUGUGCCGUCGUCGAUUGUCUGGAAGUGUCUGACCCGUGGCGACGGAGGGGAUCGCGGUUGGAGGGGAAGGGAAGCUGCGAAGACGUAAAAUAAAAGAACAUAAUAUAAUGUAGAAACGGGCACAUAGUAUUAUUGAGCAGGCGACGCGUAUAGGUAAUAAUAAUAUCUUCAUCAUCUGGUUUUGUUUCCUCGCCGGACGCAAUAACGGGGAGGAAAACAAAUAAAUUUCAAAAGCCAGUGUGGUGUUAAGUCGGUCCUUACGUGUACGAACAAUCGCGGAGCCCGCGAAUUCCGAUUAUUUUCACGUUGUGUAAGGUCUGCUCGGUAAAAUAUUAUCUACAGUCUGCGCAAAUACGAGCGUUUGGUUUUUUUUUUUUUUCCCCACUGUCUCUCAUCAUUAUUGUUAUUAGGUAUUUUUUUUUUUUUACUAUCGUAUCUUUAAUUGUUUGCACUCGUUUCGGUAUUUAUAUAAGUAGUUUCCUAGUCAUCAUCGCCGUUCUUCCCGCGAGGGUUUAACCUUGUGGAAGAACACUAACUCUCAUUUCCAUUUUUAUUAUUACUUUUUUUUUUUUUUUUUUGGACUCGCACAACACAAAAACGUUGUCCUGCACAGCAGUCCCUCGGGGGUCAAUAAAAUUAACGACUGGUUUANUCAUCAUUAUUGUUAUUAGGUAUUUUUUUUUUUUUGGACUCGCACAACACAAAAACGUUGUCCUGCACAGCAGUCCCUCGGGGGUCAAUAAAAUUAACGACUGGUUUACGAUACUACCACUCUUCGAUGAACACUUUUAAACAGUAUUAUAUGUAUCGUGUUCCCGAUCCAAAUGGUGUUUUAAACGAUGUGUAUUAUUGGAGCGUUUAGUAAUUAUAAUAUCGUAAUAAACAAAAAUCGAAUUCAACUUCCGGAUAAUGUUCAUACCCGUCGAAGGUUACGACACGUAAAGCUUGAUUUCCAAAUUGUCCGAUAGUCAUUCGGUGUUCGGGAAGGCCCACAAAACAACGAUCGAGUCGAUAACUACCCAUCAUAUUCACUGUUACCUAAUAAUUUAUUAUAUUAGUGAACCUUUUUUUUUUUUUGCAGUUUGAAUGCAGAACUUUUGAAGGAAUAAUUAAUUAUAGUAUAAAAAUGAAAAAAUGCAGUUCGACAUCGACUCGUCAGUGGAUUCUGCAAAUCUGCAUCAUUCCCGUUUGUUUACUAUGGGUGAGUACCUACAUAAUAAAUAUUUAAAAAAAAAACCGUAUUACGAUGUCAUUGUUAGAUGUUUAUAAUAAAAUAUAACAAUACAAUGCACGUUACAUCAAAAUAUUGUAGGCUACUCAUGUACAGAGAAUAGAUCGAAUUCUUCAAACACUAUAGUCCAUAAACGAAUUAUUCACGUAUAAUUAUACUUAAUAUAAGACGUGAAAAAAUUAUACAUUGUUGACAUUGAAGGAAUAUACUUUUUAUAAUAGUAUUUAAAAUAUCCAAUUAAAACACGAAUUAUAAAAUAAAAGGUAAUUUAGAAUAUUUCAAUACUUUAUAGUUUCUACCUUUUUUUAUAAACGUUACUAUAUAUAAAUAUUAAUUGAAAAUUAACUGUCCCACCCUGUUUUGCCCAUGCCCAAUAGUUUAACGCCCCUUUUUCGGACUUUUUUAAAGCAGAAUUUUUAAAAAAAUCCUUUCAAUAACAUAAAUUCAAUUUAAUUAGUCUCCUCGUUUCCAUCCCUAUAACAGUUAAUCGUUGUAGUUUAGAAAUGUAAUUACUUUUAAAAAGGGUACUUGAUCCUUGUCUGUGAUAACCAAAUUAACUAAUAAUUAAUUAAUAAUUGUUUUUUCAUUAAUUUCAUCAGUGUCACCAAAGUAACUCAGAAAUAAUAAAAAAAAUACAUUUUCGUAUUACAAUAAUAGAAAAAAAAAAUCUUUUGCGAAUCACCUUUUAGCAGUUGAAUUUUGGAAAUCCGAAGUUGAGAUGCAUACGGACCCGUUUAUCCACUUCUGUACGAUAAUUUUUAGACUUUUGCGUGUGACCGAUUCGCCUUUGGAUCGCACACCAGACAGACACGCAAACAUUGACUUUUAUAAUUAUAAAGAUGUCAAGAGUAUAGUUUAGUAGUUCCUAUUCCAUAUAUAGUAGUUACCUAUUCCAUGUAAUUUAAAUGCCUUUGUGUACACACCCCUAAAACUACAUUUCUAAUAUUAACAUUAAUUUGAGCUUUUAAUUUCAUUAAAAAUGUCUGAUAACACAACACUAUAUAAUAGGAUUACAGAAUGUAAGUACAUUUUAUGGAAUAAACUAACGAGUAAAUUAAAAUUUUGUGAAUUGAUAAAACAAUAUUAUAAUUAAUGAUAUUAUUUUCUAUCAAAGAUUAAAGUGCUGGAUAAUACAUUUUACAUGUAAUCAUACAAUAUCAUGUGAAUUUUAAAUAACUGUAGCUCAGAUUAUAUUUCAAUAAAUUGUACAAAUGUAAAUUUAACUGAAUAUUUUAGCUUUAAAAUUUAAAAUUUAUGAAAGAUAAUUGGAAUUUCUAUCUUAAUUUUAUUUUUUAAUACUUACCUAUAAUAUCAUCUCGUCGUAUCAUAAAGUAAUUGUAGAUACGAAAUUAUCAAAUCCUGCAUAUUAUACACUCAGUAAAUAUUUAAAGAUAACGGGAAGAGAAAAAAAUGUAGGUACUUAAUAUCUAUACAUGAUAAGAUGUCUGUUAUUUCGGACGUGGAUGGGCAUUUUGUACUUAAUAUAAUUUUAAAUUCAAUAUACUGGAUAAAAACACCCUCAAAUUACAUUGCCCAAUUAAAAUUUUACGUUCAGAUAACAUGGGAGUUUUAAAAAACUGUAAGUACAAUUGUUUUUCAGGUUUAUUACAAAUUUGAUAAAUUCGGAAUAUAGUAAGGAUGUAUUAGGGAUCUCAUAUUUUAAAACCAAAUGUUUUACAAUUAUUGUUUUUUUAUGUGUAAAAUGUCCUUUUCACUAGAAAUGAUAUUUAUUCAUUCAUUGCCAGCCCAAGUUUAUAAUAGGUACUUAUAAUGCUUAAAAAAAAUAAUGAUGAUAACUAUUAAGUGCACAAAGUCGGUUGUUGUUUUAAAACAACAUUUUGCUUAUUAUAACUAGAACUGGUAAAUCAAUGGAGUGGUCAAAAAUUGUUCUUAGUGAAAAAUAAGGAUGUUUAGCGCGUAAAUCAGCAAAUAAGCGAUAUUCGAUCGUUGCGCAUGCGAGAAAAAUGAAAAAACAAUUAUUGUAAAACGUUCGGUUUUUAAUUUUAGUCUAUUCACGCCAUAUUCAGAAUUAUUUAUGAAACUGAAAAACAAUAAUAAACUACAUUUUUUACUGAAAUACCUAUGGUACUUAAAUGUAAGCCAUGAUUCCGGCAUGGGUUAAUGAAUAUUUAGAUAGGACUUUGCAAUUUCCUAGGUAUUUUUUUUCUUCAGAAUAUACUCGUAUAGAAACGAACAAUUAUGUGAUAUAAAAAAAAUUCGGGUCCAAAUCUAAACUAACGGCUGCCCUAAUAUAUUACUUGUAUCUAUAUGAAGUAUUGUGUGGCGAUAUUAUUGAAAAUAUUUCACUGUUCAAAUGAAGGAUACAGGGAAAAACCAGGCAAGUCACUUUUUUUUUUCAAACUGAGAAAAACGAGUUUUUAAUUUAAAAACGUAACAAUUUUUUCUUUUACAAAUGUUAAACUUUCCAAUGUAGCAACCACAAUAACAUAAUAAUGUCAUAUUAUAUUAUUAACCAAGGCUAUAGCCGUGUAUUAACCCAACACUUACCUGGUUAUAGAUUGACCAUAUCUGUUUUUUUUUUUUCUGUAGGCCCAAACUUCUGUCAUUCGUUAUUUUCGACUAAUUUGGUUUUUUCGCCGUUUCGAUUGCAUAAACGAUAACAGCACGCCAAUACAAAUUAUUUGCUAUCGAUAUCGCCAUUUUGGAGAAAAAGUGACAUGCCUGGUUUUUUCCCUGUACCCUUCAAAUAUUAUAUUCUACCUUUAGGAAAAAAAAAAAAAUAAAUUCAACUUCGUUUGAAUAAUAAUAAUAAAGAAAUAAACACGUUGACAUUAAAAAGUAUAUGUGCGUAUAUAAAAUAUUGUCAUAGGUAUAUACGUAUCCACCUAUUGCAGGUAAUCGGCUUAAGUUUACAUAAAUAUAUUAUAAUAUAUUUUUCUCAUAUGGAUUACCGAAGAAAAAAAAAAAGCAAUGUUUGAAACUUCGAAAUGAUAUUAAAACCGGUUCGGAUUUGUUAGAUAGUAUUAAGUCGCCCAAAAAGGUUGUCACCUUUUACGAAUAUUGAAUUUCGUCACAUCCGCAGUGAUACCAUCAUAUCUAACCGUAAACACAGAUACAAUGGAAUUUAUGCAACACUAACGAACUUUAAUGGAAUCUUUUUUGGCACCUAUGCGGGCUAUUGUUAGACCGACAUAAAUAUAACAUUAUAUCAGAUCUCGGAACUUCGCUUCCAGCGUGCGCGAACUGGUGCAUUUAAAAAUCGUUUUCCAUCUCGCGACGACUUUUUAUUUUUUUUUUACUAUAAUAUAUUUAGGUAGGCACUAUACUAUAUAACAAAUUGAAUAGCUCACAACGACUGAAAAAAAAUAAAAGUAUAUUAUAAUAUUAGGUCGUGCGUUUUUAAAUAAAGUAAAUUAUACGAUCCUCGAUAAACACUUAUCUACAUUAUAUUAUAUGCAACAAUGCGAUGUAUUUUUAAACCGUAUGACAAGCUCAACUGCGCGAAAAAUAUAUUGUAUAAUAUUAUAAUAUUAAAAUUAUGGUCCGUAGGUAUACCGUUUUAUAAUACAUAUAAUAUUACAUUGUUAUUAUUAUUUAUUGUAGUCGAUGGCGUACUCGGGAUUUUUCGACGGGAGGGGCCGAACAUAUAAACUAAAUAAUAUGCACACGUAAAAAAAUAUAUCCAAAUUAUUACAAAAAAAAAAAAAAUGUCUUUUUCUUGAGGUUAUUUCGCGAAAUCCGUAAUUGUAUGACGUAUAACACAAUUAUUUUGUACUUGUUUGAGUAAGUGUAUGGCGCAGUGUUUUUUAGAAAUACCGCUGAAUAGUUUAUAUUAUUAUUUUUUUGUUUUUUUAUUACGACCAACGGGGGGGGAGGGUAGUCCUUAACCCCCUUCCUUUGGGCACAUCACUAAUUAUAGUUAAAGAUUUGUGUAUUUUUGACUGUAGCAGUAAAAUUGGUUUUUAUGGUACAUUAUAAAAAAAAAAAAAAUUAACAAUUCCCACAGUGAUAAUGUAUGUGAUAUGAGGUACGUAUAAUUCUCGUAUGAACAAUGAACUCUAAUUUAGACGUUUUUUGUGAAUAACUUAAAUGUUAGUACGGGUUUUCGGAAAAUGUAUUUUAUUUUUAAUAAUGUCGAGUGUUGGAGUCUUAAUAAUAAAUCAAACACGUCUGGUCGAACUAAAAAAAUGGGGGAAAAUACUUCAUGUAACAAAAUAAAAUCGUUUCCUAUCUUGUUCGUUUCGUGUAAAAUCUAAUUUCAAAAAUUAAACAGGUUUCAAAGAAUAAACUAACGUAGUUUAAUUAUUAAAUAAUAUUAGAAUAUAGUGAGUAACACUGAAAAAAACAAUCCUAGUAAUUUAUAAUAUAUUAUAAUCAUAUACGCUAAUAAUUAACAUUUUAGAGUAAUUUGUGUUAUUAUUAUUUUUUCGUAUUAAUUCAUAUUUUUUUCCCCAUCAAAUUAAAAUUCACCUGAAUAACUGGUAUGAAAAAUUCGAACUGAAUGUUAAAAUAAUUAUCACUUAAGUUUUGUAUACAAUAGGUAUAUUAAUUUCACUAUUAUCGUAUACGCGAAUCGUAAAAGCGGUUAUAUGUUUGUGAAUCAUUUUAUAAUUUUCGUUGGGAAACGUUUCCGUAAUACGAUAAUAAACGUUUCAAUAAUCAAUAUACGAUGACAUUAUAAUAUUACAGUAACGGAAUACUUAUCAGCGAGGUACCUAAGUGUAUAUAGGUCAUUAAAACCGGUGCCAUUAACUAUGAGUGUACUCGGACAAUUUUCACCAUUAUUACUCAUCAAACUCGCAGUUUAAAUGUUUCAAUGCGUCAGAACUCAAUUUGUAAACGGAGUGAUAAAUCCUCGACAAGACACUUAUUAUCUUGGAAAUUACCUGUUUACAUUUUUUGUAGAUUUUGAAAUUUUUUUCGAAAAUUUAAGAAUAAAGUGUUACAUGACCGUUAUUAUUUGUCAUUGAUAUUUUUGGACAUAAAACCAUUUUUGAUUUUUAAAUAGCAAUCUAUAUCAGUGGCGUACGCAGGGGAGGUGGGCUAAAAGGCUAAAUCCCCCCUAUUGACCGUAUUUAUAUACAUAUACAUACUUUUUUGUUUAUAUUUUUAAAGUUUCAACUGUAACAAUAAAUAGUAAGUAAGGACAUUUUUUAAUAAAAUACGCUAUUUGUGUAAGUAAAUAAUUUAAUUUAACACCGCUGUCUAUUAAUAACCUUUUUAUACUACUAUAUUAUCGCAAAAUAAGAUUUUAUUGGAUUUAUGAGAUUGUUUACUUUUCAUUAUUUAUUUUAACUGUGGUCACACUCGUCAUAAACAAUGGUUUUGUUAUUAUAACUUGGCGGUUGGUGUUACCGUGCAUACUCGGGCUUUCAUAUAACCUUAGAUACUAUCUAUGAUUGCAAAGUGCAAUAUUGAACUUACUAAACUGAUGUUAACAACAAUUAACGUAUCGCUAAGUUAGACCAUGGACGUUGUAGAUAAUACUAACAUAUUUUUUAAUUAGUGAAAAACAAUUAGGUAGGAAUGUAGAUAAUUUUGUUUCCGCUUAUUUCUUUUGAGUAUCAAAGUAAUAAAAUUUUGUGUAGGUUUUUCGUCAUUGUUUUCGUAUAAAACAUAUCUCAUAGAUUUGGACAAUAAAAUAACUAUUUAAUUAUUCAUUAUGGCAGAAAAAAAAAAAACGGUAUAUAAGUAUGCAACCCAAAAUUCAUAGAAUUCUAAUUUUGGUUGACCUCUGACUUUUUUAAUCCUCUGCUAGCUUAAAAAUUGUUUUUUACAACCUAAAAUUUUCAUAGUUACUUAAAUAUUACAUUUUAGAUUCUGAGAUUAGCGAAGAAUGUAUUGGUUUUACAAAGAAUUUUUUUUUAUGUGAACACUUUUACAACCAGAAAUCUUACUCCGAUAAUCAAGUAUAGCACCUUUUCUGAAAGGAAAUGUUUUGCGGGUGGUACUUUAAACAGAUUAUUUUUUUUAAAUUUUCAUUAAUAUUCGAGAUAAUGAGGAAAGCUGGUUCUUUAGGUUAGACAAAAUUGAAAGAUUAAAAAUAAGGUUGUCAUUGACAACCGUUUUUAUUUAUUUUUUGUUAUUAUUAAGUUUUUAUUGUUUUAAUUUUUUUUAAACAAUCAUUAAUGUCAUGAAAACGCAAAUUGUUUUAAUCAUUUUGACAUAAUAUGUGACAUAUGUGUUGUUCACAAAGCAACACUAUCAAAUGAACUCCGCUCAUCGUUUUUUCGGUAGUAAUGGUUUAUCGUUGUUUACAGAUAUACAUUAAAUUCCCAUUUAAAUCUUACCUUCCCAACUUCUCACCUACAACAGUGGCCCCCUUAUAACGUAAGUAUGUCCGUCCUUUUUUAAAAAUGUUUUUGUGUAUUUAUAUUUUACUCGUAUUUUUAUUAUCAGUCAGAACUGAAAAUGCUCCUUCUUUAUUUUUCAAACUUGUGAUAAAACAACUGAUUAAUUAUCAAUUUUCAAGCUCCCCCCCAUUCAAAAUUCUCGUGUACGUCACUCGUCUAUAUUAUAACAAUUCCAUAAAUAUAUGAUGUUUAAUACUUAAAAGUUUGGAUGGAGGGGGAGUAGUGGAGCUAUAUUAAAAUGCCGGGCGUCACGCCACUACAAAAAUUAUAGGGUGGUAAAAAAUAACGGUCAUGUAACAUUAUAGAGCUGAUUAUUGUACACAUUGGCAAGAAAAAAAAAAAAUUCCCAAACAUUUUAAUACUUUCCGAAAUAAUAUAGGGUCUUAUCAAAAAUUGAUUACUCUGUAUACACAGAAUUUAAUUUAAUAACCCCCUCGUAUACAGCGAUUCGAGGAGAACGUCAACCGUCUAAGUAAUUAAGGAGUUACGUAUAGGCAAUUGUAAUGAAUGUUUCGAAAACGUAUCAUUCCAAACGUAUUCAAAUUCCCACUACCUCAUAGCUCAUGGCUCAUAGUGGUUCUCUUAAAAUCUUAAAAACCUAAAGUCCCUAGACAACUGCCAUAAUGAUAAUUAUAUUUUGUGCUUAAAUUUGCAUGUACAAUAUUGCAUUUCGGUGAAUAUAGAUGAACUUAUAAAAUUACGAGAAAAACCAUAAAUAAACUGAAUAAAAGACUUUUAUACCUUUGAAAUCUAAAUUAUUAGGCACGGAGAGUCGACAGACAAAAGUUUUCGGAAUCGGGUUGUAUAGGUAGCCGGAUAGGUUACCAACAAUAAUGACGAAAUUCAGUGCCAAGUGCCAUUACAAUGUAAAAUGAUAAUUGUAUGUGUUACCUGCGGGUUGUUGGUUAAUAUUGUCGACAAAUAUGUACAUACAUAAUAAUAAUAAUAAUAAUAAUUGUGAUUAUAUUUAUAAACAAAUAAUAUUCCAAAUGCGUGGCGCAAGAGUGGGAAAAAAAGUAAAAGAUAAGCGGGAAUUUUGUUUUCUUGUUAUAAAUAUUAAUCAUAUUAAAUCGACCAAAUGGGGGAAACCCCGUAUUUGUAUUACACUGUUAUUAUUGUAUUAUGACGGUAUUCGAAUGUGUGGUUAUUGUCUUAUCUCAGCGAGCGGUAUCCGCGAGUGAUAUGUCAUUAUAAUGGCAGUUGGGCGCUUAGUGAUUCAGGUACUAUAACUAAUGUUUGGGCAGUUUAAAAAUUUAAAAAUUUGAUAUUUCUCUAAAUGUGCGAAUGUUUUAUGAAAAAAACACAUGAAAUAUUUUUUUUUUCUAUCAUAUCAUAAUUCCGCGACUGAAAGGGUUAAAUUAUUAACUUAAUAUGUUUAUGAACGGGAACUCUAAAACUCUAAUUUUGACAUUAAUUGCAGGGAUAAGGACUAUAAAUAUUUAAAUUUGAAUUCAAUUUUUAUAUUUUGGUAAAAAAUAAUAUUUUAGCUCUUUUCAGUCCUUAGUCCUUAUAUCUUAGUUCGUGUUACAGGUUGACACACAUACUGAUAUUAAAUUAUUAUUAUUUGGAAUAAUUUAAAUUUGGUAUGAGAUACUAUUUUUCGUUUUUUCUUAUCAUUUCUAAAAGAACUGCCUUUGUUCCAUUUUGCAAAUGUCCGGUAUCAAAAACGAAAUAAACAUUUAUUAUAAGAAUAAGACAACUUGCACCGUGCUGUUCUGCAACAUCGUGUGCUAUUCGAAUUCCAUUGUGAAGGACAUUAAAUAUUAUACUAGGUUUAAAAACAAAUUUUGAAUUUGUGGUUAUAGAAACCAAAUUUUAUCCCUUUAUGUACACUUGGUUUUUAUACCUCACGAGUGGUUUUUGCAUGCGAUUAUUACAAAAGAUUUAAAUUUGUAUGAUAACGGACGACGUCUCACGGACCUUUUUGAAAUUAUUUUAGUAUAAUCCAAUUAUAUUAUUAUUUUUAUUUUUAUAGGUUUAUCUAUUGGAUUCGGCGAUCGGACACGGACGGCUCAUGGAACCGCCGUCGAGGAACAGUAUGUGGCGGUUCGGAUAUCCAAAUCCGGUUGAUUACAAUGACAACGAACUGUUCUGCGGUGGCUAUUCCGGUACGACCGACCGAGAAACCACGUUGCGGUUUAUUAUUUUUUUUUUUUUUACUUUAUUAGUUGAAAUAAUAAAAAUCAAAUUUAAUCAGGGCUUGCAUAACGUGUUAUUUUACAAAUAAUUUGCAGCUCUAAAUGACAUUAUGAAUUGUUUUAUUCGGAAAUUACAAGAAAUAAUAAGGCGAAAAAAGGAUGAAAAUAAUUUAAUACCGGAUAUUCUCCGAAGGUCCUAAUAAUAAUAAUAAAUAAAAACAGCUACUUAUGCGAUGAAGUCAUCUUACAAAGAAAACAAAUUUGCAUUUUAAAUGCGUUUAAAAAACCUAAAAUUUAUUUUUACCAUUAAUAAAUGAACCUCGAGUAAAAUUUGUAAAUAUUUCUGCUCAGCUAAAACAAUGUUAUAUAAUAUAUAAAACUAAAUUCAAAUCUAAACAACUCGAAAAAGUCAAAUGCCUUUAUAUAACUAAAACAAACGUCAGAAUGUUUUAAAUUUACAUUGAAUUAUAUUAGCGCAGGCUAUGCUACCAACUGAUAAUAUUUAUGUAUUAUAAUUAAAUCGAACCGGCACAGAAAACACUAAUAUGUAAUAAUAACAAGUAUAAUAAGACGGUGAAAUAAAAAAAUGUAUGUUUUUAGUUCAAUGGAGCAACAAUGACGGGAAGUGCGGUGUGUGCGGAGACGCGUACGAUCAAGCUCAUCCUAGGAAGCACGAGGCUGGAGGUGAAUACGGCCGAGGGAUAAUUAGCAGGCAUUAUUUUGCAGGUCAGGUAAGAUCAAUUGAAAUAUUACCUAUAUAGAUCUAUAUACUAUUGUUAUCGAUGUCGAAUAAACAAAAUGGUAAUAUAACCAAGCGUAUAAUUGAAAUAAAUAUUUUCUCCUCAUCAAAGUAUAAGUAGGAUUGGACUAGGUCACCAGGAAACCGAGGAAUCCCUUGGUAGUCUACAAUAAAAAUUAGUCAGGUAAAUUUGGUAAGGUCAGGUAUAUAAGAUAAGUGAAUAACCGGACCGAGUGACCAAUCCAGUAUAAUACAACAGAAGAUACGAGUUAGUUGUUUUAAGCUGUAAAAUAAUGUUCGAGUGGUUGGUAAUUGGCCAUCACGAGUUGAUGUGAGCUAUCGAGGGGUUUUUCGUAAGUCGUCAGUUCCUCCACAGGCUGCAGUAGUAGCUUAUUUAGAGAGCUGUAAUUAGCUGUCAUGUCGGGGGUUACAGUAGAACCAAUAGCCUAUAUUGAUUGACUGUAAUGAAGCGUCAGUGACGACGGUAUUCAGGGAAAGUAAUGACGAUAUAAAUUGAUAAGUUGGAACGGAGACGUUGUGUAUCGCUUUGUGGGAUGGGCUGGUAUAGUAAAUAUGUCCCUGGCUGUUUGCAUAAGGCGAACAAACCAGCUAGAGUAUAGGUCAGUACUUAUAAUAAUAUGUUAUAUGAAUAAUUUUCUCGAUUUUACAUGCCACGGGUUCCCGCGUAUUUUAUUAUUUAAUAGACGGAUGAAAAGUUUGAUUUAAAAAAAAAAAAAUAAAAAAACUUAACUUCUAAUACGAAAGCUAUAAUAUAUAGUGUACUCGUAUAUUAUGGAAGUAUAAUAAUUACCAUUUAUCUACACUUAAACUUUGCUCAAGAACUUUUAUACGACAGGCGUCGUGAAAUAUUAAUAAAACACAAUGUGGUAUAAGAAAGUUUUAUUAUAACAAAACUUUUAGCUCGGCAUCAGGUAUGUCAUUCGGAAUUGAAAUCCUCCAAGGGUCUAAAGCUUUUCGUAAGUAAAUUUUCGAAAUUCCAAGUACCUAUAACCUACACGUAGGUAUAUGGAUUAAAAUCUUUGAAAUUGCACGCAUAUUAUACGAGUUUCCUAUUGUACACAAAUGAAAUGUCGACUUGCGAUAUACGAGGAUAUCGGAGAACAGCACGGCGUGGUGUGUAAAUUUGAUUUUAGCUUAAAAUGUAAUUCAAUGACCGUAAAAAGCUGAAAGUAAUAAAAUGCUUAAGACGUACAAAGUAUUGUAUAUAUAUAUAUUAUAUAUACUUUAAUUAAAACGAAAAUUAGAUUCGCUUCUAAGAAAGUAAUUUAAGUUCAUUUUAGCUGUUCAUAAAUUUAACUCUUUAUGUAGCUUAAAUAAAUAAUACGUUUAUUUUUAAUUACAUUGGUUUACUAUAAUAAACUUAAAAUAUUACAAUUUUUAAACUGAUAAUAUAUAUAAACGUACCGUAUUAUACUUACUGUGAAGUAGGUCACAAAGUUUUAACAUUUCUAAAAGUGCAGGAAUAAACUUUCCUUGUUUAAUUACGUAGAAUUGUUUAAACCUUAAUUAUCGGUUAUGCUUUAAAUCACAUUAAAAUUAAAAUGAACGACUGAAAAAAAAAAAAAAAAAAUACAUUAAAAAUUAUACUCUUAUAUAAUAAAAUCGGUAAUGUUACACGAUAAAAGAAGAAAACAUUUUAAUCAAAUCCACUUAAAUAGUAUAUUAUACGUUUUUGACGAAUAAAAAAAAACUAACAAAAUUGCUAGAAUAACGAAAUUUUAUUAAACUAAUCGUAAAAGUAGUUUAAGUAGAAAUAACAUGUUUAGAUUCUGAGUAUAACGAAGAAGUUACUCGUAACACAAAGAUGCGUUUUUUCUCGGAAAACACAUUUACGGUCAGUAAAAAUUGUCCAAUUCUUUCACAUAGUACCUUAAAAGAUGUGAAUUUUAUGCAAUUGUACUUAAUUUGAAACAUUUAUCAACAUAUUUAACAGUUCCCUAGCACCCUAGUCUAUUUUUUUGUUAUUUAAUUUUUGUUGAUUUCUGUAUUAUCUAUUGACUGAAAACGCGAGUAAUACAUCUCGGCUUAGAAUCAUUUCACAAUCGGUCGGUUUUACAAAGAUUAGCUAUUGUUGCAUGGAUUGAAUUAUAAAAUGAACUGAAGAAAUAUUUUUUUUCAAGUUUUAAUAAUUUCAAAUUCUGUAAUGAUAACUAAUUAACGUUAUUAUUUGUGUUAAGAAUGCAAAAUUAGAGUACAUGUUUUAUUUUUUUACUACCGUAUUGUUGUAAAGAAAAAAAAAAAUAACUAUAAAUGCAUUUAAAUAUAUUCUCGCCAAUGGUAUACAUACAUAUUUUAUGGUGUCGCGUAAGUCUUUUAAUCGGGUCACUUGGGUGUCAUUGAUAAUUUAUGUAUACUGUAUAGGUACUAUAGCCGAUUGGAUAAUCGUUUUGCAAUAUUUAUGAUAUAGAACAGGCAACAAAUUAAUAAUCGUUAAUCGAUAAAAAGAUAAAAAUAAAAAAGCUAAGACUGAAUGAAAUUUGGUGUAGUCAUAGUUCGAUAAAUUUAAAUUUAAAAUUCGAAUGAUUUGUAUUUAUAAAACAAACUACAUUUGUUAUUUUUCGUGCCGAAUAUUUCAUCAUUUUUACAGAGCCAAAAGAGUACGUGAAAAGUCGUGAUGUUUACGUUUUCCGUCAAAAUUUGAACUAUUUUAUAGUUUAUUUUUAAAGUUUAUUAAAAAGAUUCGUAAUUACCUACAGAUUUUCGUUACUUUUAUAUAGUGCCACAAGAAAAACGUAUGACGAACCUUGUAUUAAAUUUUCAAAACAAUUUUGAUAAGCCAAACAAAUUCGUUUCACGUAAAACCGAAUAAGAACUAUUCGAUUCGAAAAUGUCAAUUAUUAGCUAUAAUAAAUAUGACCAGAAUUAUUUGAACAUUUUGUUACGAAUAGAAUGGAAGAAAUGGAAUAAAAAACCAUUGUAAAAUUAAAUUAUAGUUUACGAGAAAAAUAAAUAAAUAUUUUUUAUUUUUUGGAUUUCAGACAAUCGAUGUUGAAAUUGAAUUGACUGCCAACCAUAAAGGAAGAUUUGAAAUGUACCUCUGCCCGAAUAAUAAUCCUAAAUACGAAGCGACACAAUCUUGUUUAGAAAGGUAGGCCAGCAAGUGAGCGUUAGCGUAUAACAAGUUGUCUAUACGCAACGAUUUAAGGCGCUUAUUAUUAAUUGCAAUAUUGAGGCAAGUUCCAUAAUAUUAUUUAGUGGGUUUUGCAAUAACCUAAUUAAGUAACCUUUUACUUUUUGUUUAUAAUUUAUUUAACCUAGUAUAAUUGACCUAACCUAAUUACAUUAAUCCAAGUUACAUAGGUCGUUUCUAGUGCAAAAAUAUAUAAUUAUUUAUGUAUUUAAAAUACAAUCAAUUAAAAAAUAUGACAAACAUUUCUGUAUUUAUUUAUAUACAGUAAAUAUAUGAAGCUUUAUGUUAAACAAAACAUAAUAUGUCUCCCUGUUAAACGUACACUUUCUUUCAAAAUGAAAUAACAUAUUAAGAGCGUUAAUUGUGUUUUGUAACUCGAAAAGAAAAAUGUACUUUUUUGUUACUUUAGGUAUCCUUUGUACUUGUCUGGCACUCGGCAGGUUCGAUACACGAUCCCGGAAAAUUCGAAUAAGAAAGAAAUAUUCAGGUACAGGGUGAGGUUACCUCCGUAUCUCACGUGUUCUCAGUGUGUACUACAAUGGACUUAUUACACCGGUGAGUACAAUUAUGUAGUGAAUUAUUAAGUUGUGUUGGUCGAAUUAUUACGUACUUCCAUCGAUAAUAAAUUAUUUAACCAUUCAAUGUCCGUAAGUUUUUAGUGUACAUAGGGGCUUGUUCAUCCCGAAAACUUUAUUUUUGUUCCCUUUAAACACAUUUUCUUGGUCAGAAAAAAAAAAAAUAAAUAAAUAAAUAAAUAACCGUUCCAAGUUGAACAUUUUAAUUGCGUCUAUGUUAGUGUUUGUUCUGUUCGACUGGUUACAUCGUUGUGUAGAAUCUACGUCGUGGAUUGUUCGAUUAACGCAGCUAUUUAUAGUUUUCUUUUUUUAUUAUUAUUAUUUCACUUGUGUUAUUUUAGACCUUUUAUUGCCAAAACUAACUUCCGCCAUUUUCCACUCUGCAUAGGCAUUAUUGUAUUAUACACUAUUAAAAUAUUAUGUUUUAUGCUCAUAACGAUUUUGAAUUUGUAUUUUUAUCUCUCCGAAUAUCGAUUUUUUUUUUAUGUCCUGUAAACUUACCUAAUCAACGAAACACAUCUCGUUAUUGUAGUAUUAUUUUCAGUAUUCGAGUAUGGGUUAUUUAAAUUAAUUUUUUAGGAAAAUCUAUUUUCGAAUCACGAGUCGUCCUUGAAAUUAUUCGUACCUAUCUACCUACCUAUAAAUCAUUUUGUCGAAUAUUCACGAGUCACGAUAAUAAUGCGUAUUUUUAUCGUACUAAAAUAUUAUUAAAUUUAACAUAAUAUCAAACAACGUAACGUUGUCGUAUCGUAAACUGUAUUAAAAUUUAAAUAUUUUACACUGUAAUGUAACACAAUAUUUUAUUAUUUUCUACGAUUAAACUUUUAUUUUAUAGCUCCCGCGUCCUUUUAAUAAAAGUUGUACUGUAUAAGUUAUACUUUAUAACUCCGACAUUUUUAUUUUUAAUUUUAAAACUAAUAUAUAUGUAUAUGUUUACAUCCACUAACAAACCUUGUUUAUUGUUAACCUUAUUUGUAUAAAACUCGCAUUUAUAAAUUUUAACUAUAGAAAAUCAAAUUAACUCGUUAAAAAGUUACGAUUAGUUAGUACACGCUUUUAGACGAUGAGUUUAAUGAAACUGUACGGGGCGCGCUGUUGUUGUAACGAUUUUGUAAUUAAUUUAAUUGAUUAGAAAUACGGUGUAUUGUUCUUAAUGGUACGGCGUGUAACGUAAAGGGACGAGUUUGUGUAAUAUGGAAAUGGUAAAAACUGCAAUAUUAUUGAAAAUAUAGUUCACAGUAAUCUUAAAUGCAGUUUUCGGAAAUAGUACAAUCUACUUGUUGUACAGAUGUAUAGAUCCUAUAAGUAAUGCGAUGACUGUAUGAUUAAUUUGAUUAACGUAUGGCCGUCUUGAUAUUGUAUCAUGUUUAAAUAUUGUAUUAUUAGUCUAAUUCCCAAUCGUCGUAAAUCCGAAAAUGAGAUUUUGAGUUUACGACGUUUCUGAUGAAAAUAAACGGUAACGCAUCGAUUUUAAAAGCAUGGCUGACUCAACAGAAAACAAUUUAUUAUUCCACGAAAGCGCUGAUAAAAACACAUAUAUUAUAACAUAUAUAACAUACAUAUUUAUAUAUUGUAUAUUUAAAACAUAAUACAUUAUACAAUAUUGUCAUUUUUGAGAGUUAGGACCAGGGGUGGUUCCUGAUAAGACUUGAGGGGGACGGACAUAUUUUGCAUAUUCUAGAUACAUAUCUCACUCCCUCCUCUAUAUUUUCAAGGACAUAAAUAUCAAUUUCACGCGGUACUAUAAUUGCCAAAAACUGUAAAGCCCAGUUAUAACGCUUUAUAGUGUUGUACCUUUACCACAUGAAAGUUGUAUCAAUCGUGAAAAAAAGAUAAACUGAAACAAAAUUUAUCAUAUUUUAUAAUUUAUUUAAUCGUAAAACAUAUUUGUUAAUUUAAAAGAAAAAAAAAAUAGUAGCUAUUAGUUUUUAUAUCGCCCGUUUUUUUCUUUUUAUCACGUGGGAAAAGUGAUAAUUGUUUUUACGGAAAUGUCAUAAUAAGUUAUCGGAAAAAAAAAUGUGAUAAUACGGUAUCCACCAUGGGACGAAAAAAAGUACACUAUUUUUGAGAGUGUAUAUACACGUAGAAUCGGUUCAAGAGUAGCAAUCAAUAUAUUAUUAAUAAUACGUACAUAGGUAUGUGCAUAUAUAGAGACAAAUGCAAUUUAAUACUGGUAUGUGAUUUUAAGUACUCGUAAAUAAUCUAGAUAACCGGACAAACUUAAAUUAUUCUGAAACUUACUUUUUAUUUAUUUAUGAAAGGUAAACAGUUUUGAGUUAUUCCGCCAUUAUAGUUUGAGUUUAAAAAGAAAUAUAUUCUUUCUUGAUUAUUCAUCCCAACUAUAUAAUAAUAUUAUAUAUGCAAUUUCGGGCCACAACUUUUGUUUAUACUUCAAUCUAGAUUUCUUGAAAAAUAUUUUUAGCACGUUUAUGAACUUAUUUUUAUUUAUUUUCCCUGGAAUUAAUGCACUUUUUAAAUACGUAUUUUAUACUUUUGUACGCGGUUCACCGAGAAGAUAAAAUUAUUCAACACGCUUGUUUUGCAGUAAAAAUAUUUAUAUUACAUUUGAACGGUGACCUAGUUUUAUUGCUGUAACGAAUAAAAAAAAAAAAUAUUCUUGUUUAAGUAAUACAUACAUAAAAUCGAAUUCAUCCACACGUAUAUUUUUGUCGUUUACAAAAUUAACCAUAUUAAAAUAAAUAUUUUCCCUUUUCGGAGAAAAUUUAAUACUCAACGUAGCGUAGAUACAAAUAGUAAUGUAAUAAAUCACUUCCGGCACAAAUAUUUCGAAUUAAUAACCUAACUAAUGUAUAAAAUGAUUUUAUGGUAAUGUAUUCCUUGCGAUUGAAAUUCAUUCUCAACAAAUAUACUGAAGUACGUAACUGCAUUAUCAUAAUGAUGGUUUGUCGGAUAUCGAACUAAUUAAUCGUGAUGGACAGCUGCGUAAAGAUUAAUAUAUUUUAAAAUAUCUAGAUAAAUACAACAUGUAUAAUUAUAUACAUACGUGUGAUAUUCGAUACAGUAAUAGCUAUCCCGACGAAGACAAGAGAUGACUAACAAUUUAAUUAUCUAGAAUAAAUAUUGAUGGUGACACGGCAAAAGGGUCUAAGCGACACGGUUUCACUAUUAAAAAUGGAACGGAAAAAUACGCGUAUCGUCCAUUGCGCGCACGCAAAAACAUCCGUGACCAUAAUUUAACGAACAAUUUGAAUUUCCAGUUUGAGGUAUAAACGGCACUUUAUAUUUUGUCUUCUCGAUUAUAGCGUCUGAACGACAAUAAUAGGGAAUAGACGACAUUAGUAGAAUUAUUUAUGGGACAAGUGACGUUUAUCGAGAUUACGUAGAUUUUUUAUGUUAUUUUUACUUACCACAUUUUAAUAAAGUUUUUCAACUUUAUUUGCGACGAAUAUUUAUUUACACUUCAUUUUGAUCAAAAUGUGAUUGACUGUUUUUUUAUUAGUCUUAAAUUAAAGUAAUUAUUAUAAAAAGAUAUGAGUAUAGAAAAAGAGAUAACAGUAUGAGAUCAACUAUGUAAAAAAAUAAGGCAUAAGUGCCAAAUUUAUUAAACAAAUUUAUUUAAAUUGCUGUGUGCACGUAAAUAAUUAGCAAAAGCUAAUUAACAAUGGGUUUUCAUAUUGAGAACGUAUGAACAAAAAAAAAAAAAUUAACCAAUGAAAAAGUUCCCUAUUUCAACUGAAAUAAAAGUUAUUGUCAACCUAAAAAAAAAAAAUAAAAUGUUAAAAUCAUAAAUAAAUGCUUUUAACUCUCCUGAAAACUAUGAAUUGUGUCAUUUAGACUCUUUUGCCGUGUCACCGUCGAUAUAAGUCGAUAUCAUGAUGAAAAAAAAAUGAUAAUUUUUAUGUUACGACUAAGCUAAAUAAAAGUUUACCAGAUGUGUGAGAGAGAAAUAUUUAAAUAUAGUUGAAUUUUAUAAUAAUUAAUAAUAUUAAAAUUUUAAUUUUAUAAAGCAGCAAAUGUUGUUAUUUUAAUUGAUAAAAAAAUAGCCCCUACAAAAAAUUAAAACAAUAACAAAUUAUGUUUUUGACUAGGUAUCUACAUACUCGUAUAGGUACUUGUUCUAUACGGAUUUAAACCGUGAAAUAAGUCCUUUUCAAGUACCUAUAUAACAAAAUGUAAGUACAGUUAAUUCAUAAAAUGAGAUUCAAGCAAUUUUGAAAUGUUGCGUUUGAAAGGAAAUCCACCCAUGUGGCUUCUAUUAUUAUUUGUUAGGCACGAGGGGAAACCAUUUUCCGAGAGGGAUUUAAGAGCACGGAUUAUGUUAUACGCAAUCGAAUAAAUCAACAAUAGUUGUACUAGCCACUAUUGUUGGGUAUAUUUUCUCAUAUUAUUCUGUCGCGGUAAUGUUUUGUAAAUACUCAUUUUGACAGAAUUGUACUUUUGCGGUUCGAGUACCUAAAUAACAAUAAUAUUAUAGAUAAGCCUAACAGCUUGCUACCUACUGAAAAGAUGUUUUUUUUUUUAAAUACUAUUUCAUGGGCUAAUUAGCGAAAGGUCAUGUGGGUGGAGACGGAUCGAUAUUUUUUUAUCUGAAAACAUCGUGCACAGACAAUCUCUUUUAAAGUAAAUAUGAAAUACAUUAUAUUAUUACGAUAUGAUUCUUUAUUUCGAUUAAAAACAUUGUAAAAAUAAAUUUACUUUUCUUGGUUUUAGACUCAUUUAGCUUUAUGCUUUCAUUCUCUGGACCUAUCAAUACACUUUUAUAAACUGCGAACGUUGCCGAUAUAUUUAAUCGAUUCUAUUAGUUAGUGUCUUUGGCCGUACUAUAUUAUGAUCUAAGAUUGUUCUAAACAAGAUAACAAAAAGUGAUUAUUUAUUUUCAUUAAAAGUUUGAAACAAUUAUUUUUUAUUUCAAACUGUAGUAUAAUAAAAACAAAUAACCAACGGUGGAAGGAUUGAGCUCCUAGAUGGCCGAUCUUCCCACGAUUAAGACACUGCAACUGUUUAAAUAGCAUACAAUUUAUUACGAUUUUUAUAUUAAAUUAUAAUAUCUAGAUGAAGAAUGAGAUUUCGAGAAUUUUCAAAAAAAAUAACAAGAAAACAAAUGUAUAUUUUAUUAAAUAUAAUUUAAGGAUAAUAACUCAUGUAAAAAAAAUUAAAUUUUGGAAAUGUGAUAAAAUAAGAUAGAAGAUUUAUUAAGAUUCAAUAAAUCUUAUUCGUACAUUUUCUAAAACGGAAACAUACAUUUUUAACAUCAAAUGUAUUAUUUUUUUUCUAAAAAAUGUCUUAAGAUAGCCAUUUAACAUUUUUUUUUGAUUUUCUAAAAAAUUCAAGGCUAAUGAUCACUUUGCGAAGACUACUGUUUUAUGGGAAAAACAUAUAAGUAAAUAUAUACAUAAAACUAUAGAAAAAUAUAUUAAAUUAAUAAUACUAUUUAAUCAACAACACACUGAUGGCUGUUAAAUAAAUUAGACAACAGGUAGGUACAAAAAAAAAUAAAUAAAAGACUGAUAUACUUCGCACGUGGGUGCUGCCACUGUUGUAGGUGGGAAGUUGGGAAUGUAGAUUACAGACGGGAAUUUAAUAUGUAUCUGUAAGCAACGAUGAACCAUUGCUAACGAAAAAACGAUUCUGAGCGAAGUUCAGUUGAUAGCAUUGCUUUUUCAACAAUAUAUACAUGUCAUAUUAUGGUAAAAUUAUUAAAAUGUGCGUUUCAUGACAACAAUGAUUAUUUGAAAAAGAUAGAAAUAAUAAAACUUAAUUUUAAUAAAAAAUAAAACAUUUGCCAACGACAACCUUAUUUUUAAUUUUUAAAUUUUUUUUAACCUGAAGAACCGGGUUUUCCUCGUUAUUUCGAAUAUUAAUGAGAAUUUCAAAAAAUGAUUACACUAAAGUAUCACGCCUAGAGAACAUUUCCUUUCAGAAAAGUUGCUACACUUGAUAAUCGGAGUAAGCUUUAUGGUAGAAAUAGUGUUUAGAUAAAAAAAAAAAUAAACAUCAUUGUAAAACCAAUAUAUUUCUCGCGCCGCUCAGAAUCUAAAACUUUAAAUGGCUGUAUCCGAAACAAAAUACGGAGGUAGAAAAAAGUCACUUGAAAGUUUGAAAAAUGAUAUUCAAAGUUGCUCGGAAAAAAUUUGACCAUUCCAAUAUAAUAUGGCGUUCAAAACAGACGUUUCCGUUUAAGAAAAACACGAGUUUCUAUGCGCGCAUGCGUACACCGAAAGUAUUAUACAUUUGAAAUUCACCGUUGAAAAUGUAUAUCCCAACAGUUCGAAUUGCAUUCCGAUUUAGAUACAAGGUCAUCCGGCCAAAAUGCAUUUAGCGUCUCUUGGAUACGGCUCACGCCGUAUUUCCGGAAAUCACGCGCGCUGCACCACUAGUAUAGCAAUCGUUGUACGAAUAUACAAAUAUUCCGGUAACCUAACCUUAAAAUAAGAACGCCGGUAAUGCAGGUCUCACGGUGGACGUUGGUUAUUGUAUGUUCGUUUGUUGUCGCAGGUAACAUGUGGGGAAAGUGCGACAACGGGACGGAAGGACUGGGCUGCGGGAAACCGGAAACGUUCCGGAACUGCGCGGACGUCCAAAUAGUGACCAGCACGUCCGGGCUGCCACCUCAGUUCAUACACAACCGGCCGCUGUACCAUUACAAUCACUUCAGCUCGGCUCUGCGGGGCGACGACCCGAGGAUAGCGCCGCAGAUUUAUUACCCACUUGUGGUCAAGUACGUAUAGCGCGCGCGUGCCGUCGCCAAUUUGUCAACCGCCGCGCGUCGCACCGGUAGCUUUUCCUUUACCGGCCGCUGCCCAUUGCAUGAUAACAAUAACAAUAACGGCAAUAAUAGGCGUACGUACAUUACACCCCGUCCUCGGGGCCUUCAUUUCGAUUUUUCAAUACGUUUUGUCACCGGUCAAUUGCGGGUUUAUUCCUCCGCGUAUUCCUUUUCUUUCUUUCUUUUUUUUUUUUUUUUGAAUUCGUUUGAAAAUAAGGGAUGAGUAAAUUCGGUAGGAGAAAUCGUUAGGAGUUAUAUAUCAAACUGCGUGCAGUGUCCAUCAAUAGUCGUUGAUUUUUAAUAGAUGUUUUCUUGGCGAUGAUUAAAGUCUCGUUUUUUAUUUAUUUAUUUAUUUUUUUUUUUUUUCAUUAAUUUUUAAAACCUUUUCGUUUCCGCGAUGUUCGACAUCGUUUGUCAACUAUUAGAGCGUUCGGUGUCCCGAUUUGUGUAAAGAUUUGUGUACACAAUGUAAACCGAGUAGGGAAACAUAAAUUAUUAUAUUAUUAAAGCGGCGAUUGUCGACGCGCCUUCAAUCGACAUGAAUACGAUCAAUCAGACAUUACAGUAUGCCAUACGAUGAACGAAUAUAUUUUAAGGCGUUUUCGAUUGUCGCAUGAAAAUCGCGGACGACUGUGUAUCAAAUCAGUUGAUUAAAAUCAAUUUCGGUUUAAACGGUUUUUAAAAAUUAAGUACUAAUUAAAAUGAUAAUCUUCGAUUUAAAUCAAUUGUCACAACUAUAUAGUUUUCAAAUCGAUUUCCGUCCGUGCGGAAUGGAUUUUGACGCGUGUUUUGAUUUCACACGUACCGAACGUAACGCGUACAAAAUCGCGACAAAUUCACUAUAUCGAAUGCGCUGCACCGGCGGAAAACGGUGUUUUUUUUUAUCUAUUAUCUACAUUAUUAUAAUUAGGACAGAUAUUAAUAUGUCAUAAAAACCUUUAAAUUUACAAGCGGAUAUACUCUAAAAAUAAAAUAUUCCCUUUCUAAAAAAAAAAAAAAAAAAUGAUAAAAAUUAUGUUAAAAGUAUCUUAAAAAUAUGCGAAAUUCUUAAAAUAUGUUCUACGAAUGCGCGCAAUUCUAAAAUGUGACCGAAGAACCCUAAAACGCCAAACUUUGCAAAAUAAAACAUGUCGCAAAUGCAUAUAAAUAGAAAAUUGUCAAACGUUCGUUAAUAAUCGUUCGUUUGUUUUUCGUACCGGUUGAAAAAUACUGUUAUUGUUCCAAUUAUAUAAUUUAUUGCAUAUUUUACCGUAUCUGUGCAUAUUAAUCGGCGGACCUUUGAGUUACAGUAGAAACUGUUUAUAACGACCGGCGUCAUUAUAAACGGUAUCUAUCUACUGUUUAUAAAACAACACAGAUAGAAUAGACACCGUAUUAGAACUCAGUAUAGGUAGGCAUACCGAGGAACAAGGAUCCGUUGAAAGUGUGACACGUGUUUUUCCAACUGUAAUAAUUUUAAAUGUGAUUUUAUCUGUCACGCAAAUGGCAUAAAACACAAAAAAAAAAAAAAAAAAAAAAAAACCCGCGUGGUCAGUUCGUUUUGUAUCGAAACCGUUGGAUUUUUUUUGUCACGCGUUUCUCUCGUCCAAUGUGACCGUAAAAAUUAUCUACGGAAACACUACCAUAGUAAUAAUAAUUAUUAGCAUUGUUUACAUUAAGAGGACGUCAGCGUGAACGUACCUAAAUAUUUCGGUGUAUUGAAAAAAAACGUUUUAUCUCGAAACGGUAAUAUUAUAUUGGUGACUUUAUAUUAAAGACAGAUACCCUGUUUCAAAAUUUUCGAUCGUUUCAAAUCAAACUUGUUUGUUUUUAUUUUUUUUAAUCGGUGGUUGGAUUAUAUUUCGAGAAAAAAUUAAAUUUUUAUUUCACUCCUUAACGACUAGAAAAAAAUUACUUUUUAUUUGUUCACAUUAAAAAAAUUUCAAAACAGUCAUUUUGCAAUUGAUAUUAUUUUAAAAACUUGAACGUAUCAUACAUACAUAUCCCAUUAAUGGUUUCUUUUUAAUAGCUAUUUUAAUUUUUAGAGAAGAGAUAUCAAUUAUUUUACUUCACACAAGCAUAUUUUGUGCUGUUACUAUAGUGUUGCGAUUUUAUUUAAUGUCAUUUUUUUUCAUAACUCUUCUCUAGAAAUCACUAAGAUAUUAUUCAUCCGAUAUUCACGAAUGUAUUGUAAUAAAAAGUAUUUUAUAGUGAUCAAGGGAUGAAAAUGAAAAUUUAAUUUUUUCGUGUACCAUUAACAAAGAUAUAAACUUUUUUUUUUUAAUAAGCGUUUUGAAAUCAAACGAAAACCUCAAAAAAAAAAAAAAUAAAAAUACGGCACUUAAAAUUAUGUAUUACCGAACUGCGCUCGGAAAGCAAUAGUUUAUCGUUGUUUACAGAUGUAAAUGAAAUAACCGUAUGUAUCCUACCUUAUCAACUUCUCACCUACAAUAGUGGUCACUCCCAUUCCCAGUAUUAGCUCUAUUUUUAGUUUUCACUUAUUUCAUUAACUUUUGUAGUGACACAUUUGUUUAUUAUACCUACCAACCUAUUCCUAUUAUUGACCAUUUGUCCUGUCCGCUUUCAACUACAGUCAUAUACCAUUAUUCCCAAAUACCUCGCAUGCAGUGAAGUAGAACAAUACAAAAAUAUUACUAGUGCCGGAAUGAUCUGCAGUGAAUAUCCUAGCGAAACCAAGUUUUUCUUGCAAAUUUAAGUAAAUCAUACAAUACGUUUAGGAAAAUACUUAGAAGGGUCUUAAGAGAAAUAGGCUUAAGUAACAAGCUAUAUAAGCUAUUUUACACAAGAGACGAAAAAAACUACUAAAGACCUUUAGCAUUUGACACUUAUGGUUCGUUGACUAAUGGCUUUCUCAUUUUGAUUUGAUAUUUUACGACAAUUAUUUAUAGAUAUCAGCCCUUUACCGAAGCCGAAAAUAGCCGAAAUUGACUUUUGUGCUAUCUCGCGAAACCCGUUAUUAAAAUAAGAAAAAACUGAAAUCAUUGUCCGGACAAUUGUUCCGUUUUUAAAAUGGUUACAUUAUAAAAUAUAUUUUAUUUCACUUGGUGGGUAAAACGUUCAAGUUGUAUAAUUCAAAUUCGGUGUAAAAUGUUUUCAAAGUAGGUACCUACAUCUACGCGAGGAUAAUUCAAAAUGUCAACCUACAAAUUCUUAGAAUACACGGCGACCUAUAUUUUAAUAUAUUCAGAGUUUCUCCUGCACUUUUGUUGGACUUAAUAAAGUUUAUACAAUACAUAAAAAUAUGCAUAAAUAAAUAAAAUCAUAUUUUAACGAAUAAUAAUUCAUUUUUGUUAUAUAUAUUAUAGUGACUCGAAACUCAGGUAGGUAAAUUGUUAAUGCCGGAAACUUUUUUAAUACUAUGGAAAUGAAUGCUAUUCAAAAGUUUUUUUUUUUUCAAACUUAUAAUAAAGUCAGUAUUUAUACUAAUACGACCGUCUGUUGAUUUAUCGGUUAUUUUAUUUUCAAAACAAGUUUCUGAAAUUUACGAAUCGAUGUCUCAUCGCGUACAAAUUAUUUGUAUAAUAACGAUAUUAAUAUUAUACUGAUGUGUGUAUAUUUAUAUAUAUAUAGAUACAGAUUGACUUUGAUUAAUAUUUCAUUUUAAUAAUAAUUGGUGCAAAAAACCAGAUAGCCUCUUUUUUUUUUUUUUUCGAAAAUGCAUUUUCGACGGUAUAAUUAAAAAAAAAAUAAUUAUCUUUAUUUUUGGCAAGACAAGCGAAUAAAUCCAAUAUAUCGGAUCCGUGAACAAAUUUCGGUACAAAAGAAAACUUUAUUUUUUUUUUAUUGUUUCUGAACUAUUUCAAAACGUGGAGUUUUCCGGUUGUUUCUCCGAGGUCCAUAUUGAAAUAAAAUAUAAUGAACAAACGAAUAUUAUACCGUUUUUCUUCUUCUUUUAUUUAAGGGGUAGUUGCUUUCAAACCAGCCCUCCAAUUAAAUGUGUCUUUAUCUAUGCCUGUCCUCGGCUGCCUGUCUCCAUUGUACUCUAGGUUCCACAGCUCCUGCAUUCCUGACAAGUGACAACACAAUCAUCCAUUCUUAAGCGAGGUGUUCUCAGUGGUCGUUUUCCUGUUGGAUUGCUUUCGAUUACAGUCUUUACGGUUAAUUCUCGGUUGGCCGAUGCAUGAUGUCUUGCUUAUUUCGUGUAAUUUUCUAUUUUCAUGACAUUUCUUUUGCUAUGCUAUGACGUUAAAAAACAUCCUGGAGUAAAAUGAAUAUUACACUAAAACAUCAUUUAACACAAAAUCGUAUUAUUACAUUGCUUAUUUAAUUGUUCAUGAAAAUAUAUUUAUUAGGUAAUAAUAUUAAUUCAAAAGUAUACCUAUAGACGAAUUAAUGUGUAGCCAAAGUUCCAUUUUAGAUUCUAAAUGGAACGAAGAAUGUGUUGGUUUUACAAUGAUGUUUAUUUUUUUAUGUAAACACUUUUUCUAUCAGAUAGCAUACUCUGAUUAUCAAUUAUAGUACCUUUUCUGAAAUAAAAUAUUCUCUGGAUGGUACAUUAGAGAGGUCAUUUUUUGAAAUUAAUAUUCGGGAUAAUGAGGAAAACUUGGUUCUUUAGGUUAAAAAAAGAUUGAAAGAUUAAAACUAAAGUUGUCAUUGGCAAUCAUUUUUAAUUAUUUUUUGUUAUUAUUAAGUUUUUAUUAUUUUGAUCUUUUUCAACAGUCAUUGCUGUCAUGGAAGCGCACAUUGUUGUAACUCCGCUUAGAAUCGUCUUUUCGUUAUCAAUGGUUUAUCUUUGCUUAUAGAUAUGCAUUAAAUUCUUAUUUAAAUCCUAUCUUCCCAAUUUCUCACCUACAACAGUGAAUACACCCACGUGUGAAGUAUGUCCGUUUUUUUUUUUUUGUACCCAUCUGUUGUCUAAUUUUUUUAACAGCCAUCGGUGUUUUGUUAUGAAUAAUAAGUUUUAAUUAGAAUAAUGUACAAAACCAUAUACUAAAAAAAUGUUUAAACUUUUAUAUUAUUAUUAAUUAUAGUAUACAUUUUUGAGUAUUAAAAAAAAAAACCCAAAAACCCUACGUUUUAGUUGAAAUAAUACGUAUUAUACAUCAGAAUGUCUGUUCCACAAUAAUUGACUAAUUUCCCGAAGAAGGAAAACAUAAUAUAAUAUAUUUUUUGAUCCAGCAAUACACAUCACCAAUUUUCUAAUAUUUAUGGUUUCAUAUCGUUGAAAUUUAAUAAUUAACUGUUCGUUCGAUAUUUGAUAAAAUAUUACUGAGUAAACGAAAAAAAAACAUUUUAGAGACUUAGUUGACCGUCUAUUUAUUUUAUUUUUCGACCGUAUUCUAUACAAUUGUUUUUUGACAGUUGCGUUAUUAAACGGUUAUUGCCUUUCAGUUAUUCACUUUCAGCAAUCAUUUUAAAAAUAACUUUUUGAUUAGGAAUUUUAUUUUAAAGUUUACUAUUAUCGAAAUAGAGUUAUUAUAACAAUUGAUUUUCAACUAAAUUGAUUGUACCUUUUGAUAAGAAAAAUUCACACUUAUCAUGUUUUUUCUUUUUAAUAGCAUAUUACUUGCUAACGUAAACUUUUAAAGAUAAAAACGCAUUAUAAGGAAUUAUGUUCAAAUUAAAACACGAUCCUUAUAAACGCACGGACACGUAAGGUGUGAUGAUUACUUUAUACAAUAUGUAUUAAUAAUGUUUACUUUUAAUUUAGGGCUCAAGUGUGUGUUGCGACGGAAAUGUAUCGUAUAGUGCCCGGAAUGGAUAAAUGGUGCGAAAAUAAUUGCGUAAACUUCCCGUCGAAUUGCCCCGAAGAGUUCUGUACUUGCCCGUAAGUUUCGUCAUUAUAUUGCAUGACACUACGCGCGUUUCGCGUUGUUUCAAAAAAUGCUAACAAUAAUGCAUAAUUAAUUUAUAAUAAUAUAAUAUCAUGACGUAUUUUGCGCAGUGACCAAUGUACCGGGAUUGGUGAAAUAAAAGGACUGCCCGGUGCUGACGAAUAUUGCCAAGACCAAUGCAUCGUGUACGGAGCGAAAUGUCCAAAAAAAAGAUGCGUCUGCUAUUAAACUAUUUUUUUUCUUUUUUUUCUACUUUGAUUUUGUACAGUUCUAUGAAAAAAAAAAAAUAAAAUAAAAUAAAAACUAAAAAAAAACUAUAG